GACUUCCGAAGCCGGAGAGGACAGCGCAGCGCGCCCGGCUCCAGGCUCGCCAGCCCUGCCGCUCGUCGCGCAACGCAGCGGGCUGCCCUCGCUGCCCUCCCCGCCUGCGAGAGGCGCUUAUGUAAAAGGACCAGAGGCAAUUAAAGAGCAGGGCGGGCAGCUCCGAGGACGCCGAAGAGGUUGGGUGCCGCCGCCAAGCCAGAGGCUGCUUUGCGCGCGCCGCCGCCGCCGCCGCCGCCACAGCUCGGAAGCUCCUCGCCAGGGAGCUGAGGAGAAAGCUCUCCCCGGGGCGGCCGUAUGUGCGAAGUCGGGACGCGCCCUCCGCUCCCCGCCGGCGACCGAGGCGGCGGAGAGACUCCCCCGGCCAGCGCGCUGUCGCCGCCGGGCUGCGUGGCCGGCGACAAGUGCCGAGAGAUGGGGUGAGUCCGGGCGCCAGCGACGGGGUGUGGGGGGCGACACUUUCCCGCCUCGAAACUCGCGCCUUUUUGGAGGGCGCGCGCGCGCGGGGGGUUUGCUCCUUGUGAGGAAGGGGCCUGGGGGGCGGGGGGCGCCUCGCGGAGGAGGCGCUCGAACUUCGGCGCGGCUCUCCGGCUCCGCCUGGCCACUUUCUCUCGGCGCGCCCUGGGCUCCUUUCCCUUUCAGAUAGGAGUCCUGCUGGCUGCGCUCGACGGGAUCGAGCCGUGCAGAGCCCCUGUCCACCCUUCCCACUAUGCGAGACUUAAGCCUCCUGGAAAACGGUGGGGGUUACUUCUGUGUAAAUAGGUCCAGGUUCUGGCUUGAAUGCUUCUAGAUCUCCUGCGCCUUUCGCAGAGGAUGUCCAGCCUUGGUCCCUGUAGGAUUUUCUGCCUGGCUGCCGUGUCAGAAGUAAAAGUCUCAUCGACUUCAGCAGGGCUUGCAUCCAGGGGUGUGUGCUUUAAGAUCGCCACUUAGCUUUGGGAGGGCUAAAAAGGAAGCCGGCGCCUUGCUUAAAAGGGGAGGGAUGGAAGGGUCGUGUGACUCAAGAGCUGGACUAUAUUUAAAUAAAAAAUAAUCUCAGAUUCAGAUCAUCUGGUUGUGUCAGGGUCAAGCCAAGCAGGGGCUGACUGUCAGCCUUAGGCUGAUCUUGGCUGUUCAUAAGAGCAAUAUUUUGAAAGCUAUUGAAAUCUGCUAGGCAUUUUGCAGUGAUAGAAAUCUAGAGACAAGCCCUGCCCGCAGGGUUGCGAACAGGAAGGGAACAGGUCCAGACAGUACAUUGACUUGGCAAGACUGGUGCAGGUGGCAGCUUUACAACCCCGCCCCUCAAUUGUUACCUCAUUUUUGCAACAUAUUUCCCACACCUUCCAAUCUAAUACUACAACACUAAAGGUGAAAUAUUAUACUCGCUUACCUUCAGGUAAAGCCUGUUUCACUCAUUGAGUCCAUGUGCUCUAAGGCGCCAAUUCUUUGCACGUAUACCUGGAAUAAAUUUCGCUGAAUGCAAUUGGAGUUACUUCUGAAUAAACCUGCAUGGAAUUGGGUUAUGGGGACAGGAACUGGCAGGUAUGGUCAGGAAUGGCUCCCAAAAAGCUGCACUGUGCAAUCCAGGAGAUGCACCUCCCAGAAUCUCUGGCACCAUUGCAAAGAUGCUGCUGAAAGUGUGCAAUGGUGUGUCAGCCAAGGAAUGCAAUUCCAGACAUCAUGAAGAAGGGCCAUAGUUCAGUGGUAGACUAUGUGUUUUGCAUGCAGAAGAUCCCAGGUUCAGUCCCUGGUAUCUCCAGGGAGGGCGCAGAAUGUCUUCUGCCUCAGUUUCUGGAGAGCUGUUGCCAGUCAAUAUAGACCAGUAAGUAUUCUUCAACUUUUUCAGCCUCAGGACCCACCUUUAAUCAAACAUGGAUUUGGGUACCCAUUUCUUAAACUUUCCCCUCCCCAUAUAUUUGCUGCUGUGAUGCACCUUGAAUCAGACUGUGACCUAGUAGUGGUUCCCAGCCCACCAGUUGUAGACCAGUGGUGUAGCCUAUGGGUAGGCAAACUAAGGCCCGUGGGCCAGAUCUGGCCCAAUCUCCUCCUAAAUUCGGCCCACGGGCGGUCCAGGAAUCAGCGUGUUUUUAUAUGAGUAUAAUGUGUCCUUUUAUUUAAAAUGCAUCUCUGGGUUAUUUGUGGGGCAUAGGAAUUCGUUCAUUCUUUUUUUCAAAAUAUAGUCAGGCCCCCCACAAGGUCUGAGGGACAGUGGACCGGCCCCCUGCUGGAAACGUUUGCUGACCCUGGUGUAGCCAAUACCAAGCUAGAUGGGUCUGACUGGUAAAAGGCAUCUGACUGCACGCUAGUGUUCUCCAUGAUGUGGCAAAGAGUCCCAAGGGCUCUCAUAUUGCAUGCUGCUUCAUGUCUGCCCCUAAAAAUAAAAAUAUUGCUGUCCAAAGCAAGUGCUUGAGAUGUUUCUCUAGGGUAAAGUGUAGCUUGCAUAUGAGUUUUACAAAAGUUAGGCGCUCACAAAACACUUCUUUCAGUCUGCUUGUAAUCGCACAGCUGAUGGGAUUGUAUGGAUGGCUUGGAGGCUGAGUGGAACACCCUUCCCAUUUUACAGAUUUCCUGCUGGUUACCAGGAUGUGACUUUUGCUCACUAUGGGCAGCCAGGAGAGUUGCCUUUUGCAAGUUCUAUAGUGUGCAUACUGUUUUGUUGGGAUGUGUGUACUUGAUGCAAUUUGACUGGCAACUUUCAACAUCUGUUUUGAUUGCCACCAGUCUGACUUGCACUCUGAUCAUUUACCUGCAACUCUCAUUUACCUGCAAAUGAGCACCGCGGACUUCCAUUGAGUUUUCCUUCAAGUGAGCAUGCUGAGGAUGAAUACUUUACAUGGUCACAUUUUCGCUUGUUGCAUUCCAGUAUUGGGGAGUGAGAUGUAUUGUGACUGGGGCAAUAAGACAAACAGCAGUCAAGCUUUUGCCCCUCCCCUCCCAAAUCUGAACAUGUGCCAUUUGGGUUAUAGGUCAGGUCACCAACUCCUCAACAAGCUGCUGUAGUUGUGCCUUUAAAAGAAGACUUUGGCAAUUGAAGCUUUCUAAGGCACAAACAUUUGCCAUGUUCAGACUUCCUUGAAAGUGGGUGUAAUCCGCUGCUGGAGGAUACAGGCUGUGUGUUGCUCUGCACAAAUGUAUUAUUAAGGCAUGGGGGUGAGGCUGGGCCAAUGUAGAUUGUACUGGUUUAAGAACUACAGAACAGGUUAGAUCGCCCGCUAAUGAGUGUUGACCAAGUCGCUGUUAAAGCAUAGCUGCAGGGGCUGGUUCAGGAGUUGGCCACCAUAACAGUGAUCUGCCCAGAACUACCCAGUGAGUUAUUUAUAUUACUGUACGGUAAAUAAUUUGUGGCUUGCAGACCAUGUGAUGGGAGGGAGUUGCCUGGUUUAAGGCAUACAGCAUAGUACAAUAUCCCCAACAGGUAGAGUUACCAGUGUGUUUACUGGCUCUGGAUUCUGCACCUUUGACUGCUCCCUGACACUUGUUAAUGCUUAUCUGCCUGUCGUAAAAAGUUUUACUGCUGGAUUUCUGCAGACUUAGCAGCUUCUAAAGGUAUAGGAAGUCCCAAGAGGUUGCCUUGGUGCAUUUACAACCCCAAGUGCUUUUUUGGGGAGAUGCGCUUUUCAGGUGAAUAUUGGCAAUAGUGAAUUUAGGCCAGUAAAACCACUUUCCCUGGGCACAGCCUGGAUAGGAACUGGCACCAAAAUUCCUGAAACGUGCAGUAACAGCGGCAAGAAUAUUAUUGGCCCAAAAAUGGAAACAGGAACAACCACCAACAUUGGAGGAAUGGAGAAUGAAGCUGAUGGACUAUGCAGAACUUGACAAAUUAACAGGGAAGAUUAGAUAUCUACGAGAUCAAAAGUUUAUCGAAGACUGGGGAAAGUUUGUAGAUUAUCUGGAAUGUAUAAGCGAUGAGAGAAUAACGCUAGUAGCAUUUCAAGAAGCUCUGUAAAAGUUUGAGAAAUAUUGUAAAAAAGAAAAAUAAAUUGGGAAGGAUAUGUUAAAAGGCAAUAGCAAAUUUAGGAAAUGUGAAAGUAAAAAUGUUAAAAAUGGAUGAUUGUCAGAGAAGCUGAAGGAAGUCCAAAAGCGAAAAUUUGUGAAAGUUUUGAUAUGGUGUUAUAUGUAUUUUUUGAUGGAAAACUAAUAAAAAUAUUAUUUAAAAAAACAAAAUUCCUGAAACGUAUUGACACGUAGUAAAAUCAUGUAACAUUUUGUUUUCCACCUGAAAUAAUUACUCAUGUUUCCAGGUUUCCAAAAAAGCCAGGCAUUUGAUUGAUCAGAGGUGAGGGUGCAGGCAGAGUAGUAUUGUAGCAUCUUCAUAGUCUCAGCAAUUUCAGCCUGACUCAGUGCAGCACAUUCAAUAGCUGAAGGAGUUGGAAGAGUUAACUGAAAGCAUGGGUGACUUAAGAUUUCAGCAGUGGUACCUUUUAAAUGUCCACCACUGUUGUUGCUAAUAAUAAUUUUAAAAAGCAUUCCUUCAAAAAGCUGAGCAUGGUGUACAUAGCCUCCCCUCAUUUUAUAUCAGCCUCAUUUUAUCCUCUCAUCAGCCCUGUGAGGUAGGUUAGACAAAGAAAUUUUCCCCAUUUUACUCUGCUAUUCUAACCACUAACAUCACAGUAGCUCUUUCUGCAGAGUGCUCAGUUGCUUACCAUAGUGAUUAGGCCAGGAGUAAUUUGUGCUAUAAUUGCUUUAGCUAUGUAUGUUUAAACUUGGAUACAUUUUGUGGGGGAACAGAAGUGGGUGUUUUCCUUAGGCACUGGUGGACUAGUUCGAACUUUGAAUUGAAGGACAAAAGUCAAGGACAAUAGGCAGUGCAAGUCUGGCAGCUGAGAGAUUUCCAAAUUCUCCCUGAUAAAGAGGAAAUAAUGGCCGCUAUCUGCCUUUGACGGGGAGUUAUGUAAAGGAAGGUGUGAAGUGAGUGACCAAGUUAGAAGGCCACAGCUUCAUUUAAAAUUAUUUUUAAAAUCAGCUUCAUACAUAAAAUGUCUGCCAAAAGAGAAAAUUAGCAUGUUGUCAUUUAUCUAGGAAAUAGGAAUAACUCUUCCAUAGUUUCCUUUGUGUGACUACUUAAUGCCAAGAAUUCUGCAACCUGUAUAGGUGAUGCAAAUUGGGGUAUGUUACACAGUGCUUUUUAUUCUUUUAAAAAUAAAUAAAAAUAUUUGUCUCAUUUUACUUCUUGUUCUAGUUUGAAGUGGGGCAAGGAGCAAUACGGUAUAGUGGUACCUCAGUUUAAGAACAGCCCUGUUUAUGAACUAUUCGGUUUAAGAACUCUGCAAAACUGGAAGCAGUGUUUUGGUUUGUGAACUUUACUUCGAAGCCGAAUGCUGGAAGGGCACCGGCAGCAGGAGGCCUUAUUAGGGAAAGCGCACCUCGGUUUAAGAACGGAUUUGGUUUAAGAACGGACUUCCGGAACGGAUUAAGUUCAUAAACCGAGGUACCACUGUAUGUUGAAACUCUACCCCAACCACUGGAAACCUUUCUGACUGCUGAGAUCUGAGCCGGUGUUGCCCACAAACCUUUAAACACAUUUUCAUAGUCAUAAGGACUAGCAGCUUGAUUUCCCACCCCCAAAAGGAAUUCCCAGAUUCUUAGGACUCUGUUUCUACACUCAGCACUAGCUUCUGAGCUUUCUCAACAUUCCUGCAGGAUUCUAGCAUGUAUGAUGUCUAGCUUACUGCUCUAAUAGGAAGCUGUCUCACACCCUAUUAGAUUUAUUUGGCUGUCUAGCCCAGAACUGUCUCUUCUGAUGGGUCUCAGGAAGAUUUCCCCCCCAUCAGCUGCUACUUGAUUCUCCCUGUCAUCUUUGUUUCAAUGGAUAACAGCUGGUUCUAGAGAGCCACCAUCAGCCACAUAAGAGAGUACCAGACAAGGUGGACAAAUAAUCAGUUCCUGGGAUAAGGCCGCUUCCUGUGUUCCAAACUGGAGAUGCCAGGGAUUGAAUCUUAGACUUUCUGCAUGCAAACCAUAUGCUCUCCUGCUGAGCUAUGUUCCCUACAAAAAGGGGGGAAAAGACUUGCCAUUUCCAGUGCCUGUAAGGGUUCUUCAGUGUAUCCUUAAGACUUCAAUUAUCAGUGUACCAAAUAUUUCUUUGAAGAGUAGUCUUGAAUUCUCUAAGGUACACUGACCAGUUUCUUCAGGUUACUCCUGUUAAUUCAGUACAAUUGUUUUAGAGUACCUAAUCUUAAGGUUGUAGCCUGAGGUGCCUUGGGCCAUUAACUUAUUGCAUAUUCCAAAGGGAAUGUUAGGAACCUCUUUAACUUUCUCGGUGGUAAGCAUGUGAAGGAAAAGUAGCUUUUGACAUGCACAAGCUUUUAAGACUUGGGUUCUUGCUAAGCAAAACGCCUCCCAUGACAUUGAUAUUAAGCUGAAUGAAUGUCAUUUUAGCUGAAUGAAUGUCAUUUUGCACAAGGUGGGCAGGCAGGCAGCCUUUAAAAGUAAAAUGUUUGACUUCAUUAGCCCAUUUUAUGGGUUGAAUUACUAAAACCUAUUUGACAAAAGUGUAAAUGUGAAAUGUCACGAGGUGACAAACCCUUCAAGUAUUUAACGUGAUGUCAGAGCUAGGGAUUUAUUUUCAACUUCUUUAUAUUUUCAUCAGAGAAAUUGCGUUGAUUUUUGUAUUUCGGCUGUUUUAUAUGAAUACUGUCUGCUUGCAUAAGCAACUAGAUUUAGGCUUUGCAUCUCUCCUAGUAUUUUUAGCUUGAGUUUCUUAGAAGUGUUAGGAACCUAAAAUCUCGCUUACUUGGAAGCAAGUUCCACUUAAAUCAGUAAACCUGCUUCCAAAUAAGUGUAUUGGAGAUGGAUAUGCUGUUUAAUCUUUAGUAGCUUGUUGACUGUGGACAUUGCUGUACAUUUUGGGAGCAAACACCAGUGCAAUGUGGUUCAUUAGGGUGACCAGAAGACUUGCCCACCAACCUCAGGCAGCUCCCACCUGCCUGCCUUCUUACUUAAAACCAGUCCAGGAACUGCUGCUACCUAUCAGUUUCCCCAGCCUUAGUCUAAGUAUUGCCUUUGUAGGACUCAACAGGGAGGAGGAUGGGAACAAUGCUAGAAUUAGUUGGCACAGAAAGCACUCGCCGCCACUGAUGGGCAUCAAAGGUGUUUUUUUAAGCAUACAUCUAAAAGCGGAAAGGCUCUGAACAUGACCAAGAACUACGUAAGCACAGGAAGACGCAUCAGAGAGGUGGAAUUGGCUGGGACUCCCUGUGGAGUGAAUAUUUAGGAAACCUAGGUUAGCUGCUGACACAACACUAAGCAGUGUGGUGUAGUGGUUAAGAGCGGUAGACUCGUAAUCUGGUGAACCGGGUUCGCGUCUCUGCUCCUCCACAUGCAGCUGCUGGGUGACCUUGGGCUAGUCACACUUCUCUGAAGCCUCUCAGCCCCACUCACCUCACAGAGUGUUUGUUGUGGGGGAGGAAGGGAAAGGAGAAUGUGAGCCGCUUUGAGACUCUUUCGGGUAGUGAUAAAGCGGGAUAUCAGAUCCAAACUCUUCUUCUAAGUGUGAAAAUAGAAACAAGCAGAAAGACACCUACUGACCCCAGCUACCCGUCCUCCUUGCCACCUUGUUUUCAGUCUGCGAAACUGGGUAGUGAAUGGGUACUUGACGGGCCAGAAAAGAUUUGGUGAGAUAUCUCAGGCCACAGCUCAUCCUGUAGCGUUCUUGGGCAGCUGUUUUCACCCUAGUACAGCUGAUGCCCUUGACCCACAGUUUUAAUUCCUGCAAUGCCCCAUACAGUGUUGCUCCAGAGCCCAGGCACUGCUUCCCCCCCUAGAAAAAUAGGUGCUGGUACUCACCAUGGAGUUGUUACAGCAAGUCCCACACUUUUUAACAAAAAAGAAGAGGAGGUGUCAGUACUGUGUACCCCCUGGAAAAAAAAAGCAGUGACACCAGGGAAUUUUGGGAAAUUAAGGCAGUGGUUUUGUUGGAGUGCUGUUGCUGCUGCCUGCCGUGGCAGCCUCUAGGUAAAUCAGACAUGCCUCACAGACCAAGAGCCAUGGCUCAGUUGUAGAGUAUCUGCUUUGUAUGCAGAAGGUCUCAGGUUCGAUUCCCCACAUCUCCUGGUAGGGCUGGGAGAACCCCCUGCCUGACCUGCUGGGGAGCCACUGCCAGUCAGUGUUGUAGACCAUACAGAGCUAGCUGGAGCAAUGGCCUGACUCUGUACAAGGUAGCUUCCUAUCUUCCUAAGAUGGCACUCUGCCCAAGUCCCCACCUCCAACCUGAAAUGCUUGGCCCUAGAAUACUGUUCAGAUAUUUUCAAAGGAAAAAUAGUGUUGCAGAUUUGGGGUACCAGGGUCUAUUAGUGAAUAGAGAUUCGUAUAGAUAAUAUGAGGGAUGUUGAAUGCAAAGUACAAGCUGCAGCAGUUCUCCUGGGUGUAGCCUAUACAAUCUAGCCUGGCUGGGCUGGUUGAAUGUAGGUCAUUAUGAAACAAUAGGCUGAGGUUACCACACUAAAGAGGAAUCUCUCAGGUCUGUGUAAAACAGAGGUUCUCAAGGUGAUGGGGAGGGGUGAGGUGACAGGAAGGAGAUUUGGGUCAGAGACUGUUUUAUGGUUGUGCGACUGGUUCAGGCGCACUGGGCACCAUGCUCUGGAGGGUAGGACUCGAACCAAUGGCUUCAAGUAGCAAGAAAGGAGAUUCUGAUUAAGCAUUCGGAAAAACUUUCUGACUGUAAGAGUUGUUCAGCGGUGGAGCAGACUUCCACAAGAGGUGGUAGACUCUCCUUCCUUGGAGGUUUUUAAACAGAGGUUGGAUGGCCAUCUGUCAUGGAUGCUUUAGUCGAGAUUCCUGCAUUACAGGGGGUUGGACUAGAGGACCCUUGGAGUCCCUUCCAACUCUUAAGAUUCUAUAAUUCAGGUUAUGGUGCUCCUGUGACUUAUCUGCUCCCCUCAUUUAGCCCUUCAGGGCAAAUAGUCAUCCUUAAAUAUUCCACCCUCCUUCUGUUCACUCACUUCUCUGUCUACUCAUGCAACUCUAAGCAUGGAAAUACACAGUUCAGAAUUUAUGAAGAUUGGGCGCAUAAAUGUUAAUUGCGUGAUGGUGCUGAAGUGGCAUAGCUCUGAACAAUUGAGCAAACAAGAUGAAUAUCAAGCAGGAACAGGAGGUGAAAGCUAUAUUGGAAGCUGGAAUAUGACUGGUAGUUACAGAGAUAAUUUUGAAGCAUUAAGGGUGUAUGGAGAAAGCUGCAUAGGAACUCCUCUAGGCAGAGACCCCACCCAAAUGCCUUAUUUAUUUAAAGCACACACCUCCCCCCCCAAUGCUUCUGGCAAAAAGAGUCCUAGGGCAGCUUAAAGGUAAAGGUAAAGGGACCCCUGACCAUUAGGUCCAGUCGUGGCCAACUCUGGGGUAGCGGCGCUCAUCUCGCUUUAUUGGCGGAGGGAGCCGGCGUACAGCUUCUGGGUCAUGUGGUCAGCAUGACUAAGCCGCUUCUGGCAAACCAGGGCACACGGAAAUGCCAUUUACCUUCCCAGCACAGCAGUACUAUUUAUCUACUUGCACUGGCGUGCUUUUGAACUGCUAGGUUGGCAGGAGCAGGGACCGAGCAACUGGAGCUCACCCCAUCAUGGGCAUUCGAACCGCCGACCUUCUGAUCGGCAAGUCCUAGGCUCUGUGGUUUAACCCGCGUCCCAUUGGGCAGCUUACCGAUUAGUAAAACGCAAAGUCAUCAAGACUGUUCCUGACCCUGGGCAUCCGUUUUUAACAGUGUUUUUGUAAGGAUCAGCUUCAAUGGAAAGGAGACCUAAAAUAAGUUGUUCUCUUAACACAGCCGGUGCAGUAACCCUGCUUUCCAUCUCUCCCUAUGUAGCAUCCUGAUGGAAUGGCUGAUGGCUAGGUCACAAUUGAGGAAGAGCCAAAAGCCAGCUGAUCUUUAAGCAGGGCCGAUGGAGUGGUCCUGAGCCCCUUCUCUCUCCCUCUUCUGCUGCAAACUGUUUUAUAAAAACUUUAUUUCCCAACUGCUUUUGCAAGUCACAUUGUUUUCAGAAAUGGGUGAGAAACGCAAACCCAAAACCACCUUGGGCAUCUUGAACUGUCUGCCUGGCUCUUUGAAUCCGCAGAUGGAUUUAGAUGUCUUCAAAAGAAUAGGGAAUUACUUCACUGGGUUGUUGAUGCUGGACAAACAAGAGGCCUUCACCCUUAACCACUUGAUAAGUCAAAGCUUUAACAAUUUGGGACUGGUUUACCUGUGAUGCUCCCUUGCCCCUUAUAUGCCCACUGGAGUGCUUUGAUCUGCGGAACUGGAAGUGCUACAGGUGCCACGUAAUACUUAUUCUGUAUUUAUAAGAAAUUGAUCUAGUGUGGUAACACCCAUUACUUUGGAACUCACUACCUAGUGACAUAAAGCAGGCAUCCCCAUUGUACACUUUUCUUACACCUGCUAAAAGCAUGUUUGUUUAAACAAGCCUAGAAUGUUGACAUAUGCUUCAAUAUGCUUUUAGCUUAUCGUUGAUUUUAAUUAUUCUUUUGAGUGUUUAAAAUAGCUGUUUUUACUGAUAUGGUACUGUUCCCCCCACCCCAGUAAACCACUUUGAGGUUUGGUUUGUUACAAUCAAGCAGUAUGUAAAUUUUAUGAAAUACAAAUAAAUAAAUAAAUAAAUAAAUAAAUAGGGACAUAAACUGCCACCUAGCUGGUCCAUACUGACUGGCGGCAGCUCUCCAGGGUUUCAAGUAAGCGACUUUCUGGAGAUGUCAGGGAUUUAACACAGUACCUUCUGCCCUGCAGCUAAUAAUAUACGGUAGGAACAUCAGAAAUUGCUUUAUAUUGAGUCAGACACUUGGUCUAUAUAGCUCAAUAUUGUCUGCUCUGACUAGCAGUGUCUCUCCAGGAUUUCAGACGAGCCUUUCCAAACUUUACCUGGAGAUGCCAGGGAUUUUUCCUAGGGGCGUCCCCCCACCUGUGCAUUGUAAAGGGCCCGGAGGGAGGGAAUUGUACACAUUUUAAUCUUUGGCUGCAAAGAAAGGUGGAUGGACUUGGAAGCCUGUUGUUUAGCAUUCCAGAGGUAUAAUGGGCUUUGUUCAUUUCUAUCUUGGACGGGGAAGAAAAGAAACUACUUCUGCCAAAGUUAACAGCGGGACAUGUAGCAGCUAGAGGAGGCUUUCCUUUCUUUUGCAAUGCUUUGUUGUAGUGCACAGUGUUUUAUGCCUUAAUCUUCUUGUUGAUAUUUGAAGCAAGUGUAUAAGUUAAGACGUUUUUAAGACAUGUUGUUUUUGAUUUUAAGUGUUUUAUGUGUUCACUGUGUCUGCAAACUAAAUGCUAACUUAAUUUGCAUUGGAUGUAAAACUGCCAUUGGCAUCACCAGGAGCCCUUCUCUCAGUGAAAAUGGCAGUAUGUAUUAAAUACUUAUAUCCUUCAAGGAGCUCAGAGUGGCAUGCAUAGCUCUUUCCCUCCCUAUUUUAUUUUCACAACAACCCUAAGAGGUAGGUUAGGCUGAGAGACAACGUCUGGACCAGGGUCUCCCAGUGAGCUUCAUGGCUGAGUCAGGAUUUGAACCCUGGCCUCCCUGGUCAUAGUCCAACACUCUGAGCACUCCAGUUUUCAUUGGGACCUGUUAAGGUCCCAAUCCUACUUGAAUCCCCAACUUCAACUAAUAGCACCCCACUUACAAAUGUGCACAUUAAAUACAAUAAUGCAUUUAACCUUGCAUUUUGUUUGACGCUAAUAAGGGGUGUCUAGUGGAUAGUCUCAAAACUACAAUUGCCAGGGGUUAUUUAGGGGAACCAUCCACAACUUAGUUAACCCAGCUUCAAAGUGGUUUAAAAUGUGUAGUGUAGAAAAUGCACUAGGGGGUGAAACACCUUUGUUUGCAGUUCCAGGCCCCUGGUUCAAGGAUGGGGAACCUCUGGGCCACUAGCUUCUCAUUGGACUCCAACUCCCAUGAGCCCCAGCCAGCAUGGCUUAUGGUCCAGCAACAUAUGGAUGGCCACACAUCCCUGCCUUGGCUGAAAGUCACACAGAGCUUGUGGGAUGUAUGCGGCUUGUUUGAGUGACAACAUUUGCACAUGUGGCUUAGAGACAAUAACAGCUAAUGCGCCAGCUUCUUGUGAUUUGCACCUCUUUCUCUGCCCCUACAUUUAAAAGGACUUUUAGAAGAUCACUGCAAUAUCUGAACCUUGAAAGGGUGAUUAUUUUGCGAAUGUUUAGAAGCAGCUGCUGUAAUGAUGGCUGCAGCACAGAAGGAGUUUGCUGGAUGUGCAGAUUUGUGUGGGCUGGUUCAGUUCUGGAAGGUUUCUAUAAAAGUUGAUUGUCUAUUUUUUCCUCAUCCCACCCUGUGUACUACUAGCUAUGUUUAUGUACAUUGUUCCCCCCCUCUCUCUCCCCCCCUCUCUAAAUACCGCAAGCCAACUUCCCUUAAAUAGCAUCUUGGAAUUUGCUUGGUUGUGGUUGUGUUUGGGGUGUUGGAGGUGGGGGAACCUUAUAAUUUGCAUCUCUCAAGUAGUUGAAUGCUACUGCCCUAAAACAGUCAAGAAGGCUGUGAUUAAAUUUCCAAAUGUGGCAAGGGCAAGAGGCAGUGGCCCGCCGCUAGGGACAGGAAGCUUUUAGCUCUGGAGGGUUUGCGGGUGGGUGGGGUGGAAAUUCUUAACGCGCAAAGAAAACCAGGAAGGAGGCCAUUAAUGCCAAGGAGGAGGGUCACUGAAGCUCUGUAGCAUCUUGUUCAGAACUUGUUAGAUUGAGCCAUCAGUGGUAAUGCUGGAUAAUGGUGUGCUUUGAUGCUGUGUGCAGGAUGGGGGGGGGUAUAGAAUUGGAUGAGAGAAUAGCAUUUUUCCUCCUGUGACUAGGGCUAAAUCUGCACCAUACAUUGAAAGCACUAUGAUGCCACUUUAAACAGCCCCCUGAAAGAACCAUGCGGACAGUAGUUUGUAAAGGGUGCUGAGAAUUGUUAGGAGACCCCUGUUCCCCUCACAGAGCUGCAGUGCUCCCAGUGGUUUUGAAAAAAGCAAUCCCUCUGUCCAGGGAACUCUGGGAAUUGAAGCUCUGUAGGGGGGAAAUUGGCCAUCAUAGAAUUGUAGAGUUGGAAGGGGUCAUGAUGGCUAUCUAGUCCAACCCCAUGCCCAUGGUGGGGCUGAAAUCCAAGCUCCUGAGAUUAACAGUCUCAGGCUCUACUGACUGAGCUGUCCUUCAACUUAACAACUCUCAGCAUCCUCAAGAAACUCUGGUUCCCAGGGUUCUUUGGGUGAAGGCAUGACUGCCAACGUGGUAUAGUAGUGCUGUAAAUGAAUGGUGCUGAUGUGGUUUAGGAAUAAAAUCCUGUGGGUCAUAUCCAGCCUUAGUCUUUUGUGCCAUUGGAGCAUUGUUGCACUAGAGAAGGCAUAGGCAAGUUGCUGGCAACUUCUUUGCACAGUUGCAUAGCCUGUUGCACAGUGAGUUUCUGCUACUGUUCUGUUCUGUUGCAUUGGAUCUCAAAUCCAGUUAAAACUCAAAUCAAAGGAGCCCGUGUAUUAAUGGGCAGAGGAUGUUGCGCUUAGCUCAAAAUCAGCACAAAUGCCACAAUGUUCAGUAAGGGUUGCAGCAAACAACAAACGUUUUAUAGGUCUGCUUAAGGGUUUCCAAUGAAAGGGUUAUAUGGGGCCACUAUAGAGAAGGCCUGGCUUUGUGUACCUUCAAUGUAUUGCUGCAUCCCACCUCAAUUUCCAAGUGGUGCAAGAUUACAAGGGUUCCAGGUGCUUACCCAGGGUUUGUGUUUCCUUUUGGAAAUGUGGCACAGCAGAGACUGUGGUGUCUUUAAGAUAUAUGGUUUAUUUACACAUAUAUACAUCCUGAGCCUACAUUGGAGGGGUUCACAGCAUCAACACCCUAAACGGGUCUUGUUUCUCCCAUAGCUGCAGCCUUGGAUUCAAACACACACCAAGCAUUGUACUCUCUCUCUUCAGCUUGUUGCUUUACUUCUAGUUCAUACAAUGGUACCAAAACUCUGCUCUCAGACUUUGGCUUUGUCCUUCCAACUAUCUCAGAGUUGGAAGAAGAGGCUCUACCCAUUUUCUGUCUGGCACAGAGCCCCCUUUGUUCUCUUAAUGGCCCUUCACCCAGGUGAUGACCUCAAGAGAAAGCUAGCCUGUCUUAUAUUUUAACACUUGCUGGAUCCAGAGUUCAGGAAGCUAUCCUGGCUUGAUUAGCUGUUAACAUUUGCUGAAUCCAGGGAUCAGAAGACUUGAUUAGAUUUUAGCACUUGUAAGAUCCAGGGAUGGUGGGGGAUGGCACCCACAAACUCAUAACAGUAUGUAAAGUGCUUUGAACACUGUAAAGGACAGGUAGCCAAUGUAGAUUUGGUUGGAUUACAACUCCCAUCUCUCCUGACCAUUGGCUAUCUUGGCUGGUUCUAUGAGACUUGGAAGCCAGCAACAUCAGGAAAGCACCACGUUGGUUACUCCUGCUCUCUAAAGCAUUAUAUAAGUGUAAACUUCAGGAGAGAACAACCAAAAUGAUCAUUGGAAUGGAAAGGGUGCAAUGUUUGGGUUUAGAGAAAAGGCAAGCAAGAGGCAACUUGACAUGCAUGGUAUGGAGAAUGUGGUUAGAGAGGAAGUUUUUCUCCUUUUCUCUUAACACUGGAACUCCAAUGAAGGACUUCUAAUGAAACUGAAUGUUGGAAGAAUCAGGAGAGACAAGAUAAAAUACGCCUUAAGACAGUGCUUAGUUAAAUUGUGGAAUUCAUUCUCCUGAGGGGCAGUGGUGGCCACCAACUUGGGUGGCUUUAAAAGAGGGAUUAGACAGCUUCGUGGAGAAUAAGAUUACAGUCAUACGUCGGGUUGAAGUUGCUUCUGGUUGAGCGCUUCCGGGUUGUGCUCCGCAGCGACCCAGAAGUAACAGAAUGCGUUACUUCCGUGUUUCGCCACUUGUGCAAAAUGACAGUCAAAAUGACAUCACAUGCAUGCGCGGAAGCAGCGAAUCGUGACCCGCGCAUGCACGGACGUGGGUUGCAUUCGCUUCAGGAUGCGAAUGGGGCUCUAGAACGGAUCCCGUUCAUAUCCAGAGGUACCACUGUAUCUGUGGCUACUAAUUCUGACUGAUCUGUUCUCCCUCCACUGUCAGAGGCAGUAUGCUUCUGAAUACCAGUUGCUGGAAGCUGUAGGCGAGGAGAGUGCUGUGAUGUUCAGUUCCUCCUUGAAGGCUUCCCACAGGAAUCUGGUUGGCUAUGGUGAGAACAGUAUGCUGGACUUGAUGGGCCAUUGGCAUGAUUCAGCAGACUCUUCUUAUAUCCUUAUGGCGUAUUUGUGGUCUAUGACGAUUGACAGAGCGCUAUAAAAUAUCCCCACCACUAUUUUUGGAACAAUCGGAAAUCCCUAGCUAGAAAUUGAAGCACUUCUGUUUUCUGCAGCAAAGUAGUUCUUCAUCUACCUGUAGAUGGAAAAGGCCUUUGUAAACUGAAAAGGAAGCAACAAUUUGUGAGUAAUACAUCAAACAAGUUUAAGUUGAGUACAAGCGGUGAUUCUUGCCAUGGACAAUACCAGCCUUGUUGAAACUCUUAGAUGUGCCAAAAUGCUUCAGGCCUGGUUCUGGAAGAGAGAAGGCACUUCAAGUUAUUGUUCUUAAGAAUCUAAUUUCAGAGGUUUAUAUAAGAGAUAUUACCGGAUCACAUCACUGAUUGCAUGCAUGACUCAGAGGGGAUUGCCACGCAGUAUUGUGUAGGUGAAAAAAAACUGUCAGGGAUUUGUGGGAAACGUCUUGCUUAAAAAUAGUGAGCGGAGAGAUGCUGUGCUACAUAUCCUUGUAAAUUAGUUCACAAAAAUCACUAGCCCAUAACAUCUUUGUCUGCCUACCAGUACCUGUGUUAGGUAAUUGUGGCACAUCAAUACUGUGAGAAGGAAGAAUGACUCUUCCUAAUUUCCCAGAAGCUACUCAUUACCAGCGAGUACCAAGAAUGUGAUUAUGAGUCUGAUGUUACAAACAAGAAGACACUUGUUCAGCAGAGAGACUGGUAUUCCAUCACAAAACUACAACGAACAGGGAUAAAUGGAUUUGACUUGCUUAACAUGAAAAUAAUAUGUGUAGGUUUCCCAAGUCACCUUCCUUCUCUCUGAUUCUUGAGCAAAUGUAUUGAGUGGGUCCAGACAUCACAGUAAACCAAGUCUUGUGCUAACACACUCCCCACAAUUCUCCCUUGUCUGUUGCAGCCAUGAGGAGGAGAAGCUUUCAUCUCUGUUUUGAUUGACUCCUGUUUAGUGAUAUGUCUGAACCCUAAACUGUGAUUACUCUUUAUGGUGUGCUGAAAUAAGACAGCUUCACCUGCUUUGAAGUGGGCCUAUUUCCAAUGAGCUGCAGUUAACGUUAACCACAGUUUGUUGAGUUUGGACAAAAUGACAAGCUGAGGUUAAAGGAAAACAGAAGUGAAAGCUUCCACAUCUCCUCCUUGCAGCCAUACCAGGGGAGGAAAGUGGGAGAGGGGAGCACGAAGCACAGGAGGCUGAGACUUGAUGUGACUCAUUCCUGCCAUGAUAAAUCAUGGCUUAACAUAAAGUCCAAACUGGCUGUAUGUCAGCUUGAGUAAGAGCACAAAAACGGAAAGGGAGCUGUAAGCAAAAUAUAACAUAAUUAAACCUCCUUAGGAUCUUGGCACCCUCUUUUUCUUGCACCUAGGUUGUAAUCUUAUACAUGUUUGCUGCUUGCAAGUUAGUUCCAUUGAACAAAGCAGUUAAUGGCUUGGGACCAGGGGACAGUCUGAUAAACUGCCUGCUGCUACAUUAACCUGCAAGGUUGUAAAAAUUAGUCUUGGAGGCUCUCCAUCUCCCUGCCAUUCGAAGUAAGGCAGGUGAGGGGUGAAGAUCAGACACGGAAGAAUCUUUUUCAGUUGUGGAAUUCUCUUCCCAGAGAGGAUUGCCUGGUGCCAAUUUGUCUAGGCUCAAAGCUGAAUUGGUUGCCGUUCCUGGUAUUUUUAUGUUUUUCUUUGUAAGCUGCUUUGAGGGCUGUGGCUGAAGAGCAACUAAUGUUUUGAGUAAAAGAAAUACACGGAUGCCACUAUAUGUACCUGAUGCGGGGGACUGCAAAUGUGGCCCUCCAUUCCUUUCUGUCUGGCCCUUGGGACCCUCUGCAGUCAUCAGCCCUGCUCUCAAGGCCACACCACCACACCCCCCGCAAGAGCUUUUGCCUGACUGGAAUGUGUCUUGUGAUCCUGCCUCCUGCUUGCCUGGAUGAGCAUGUUACUGCAAUGCACAGUCCACUCAGGAAAAAGCUCCUGAGGCGGUUGUAGAGAUGCAUACCUGUGGUAUCAGCAUAUUUCUUUUAUUUAGAAUGCACCUGGAAAAAGAAGAGCCGGUGGCCAAUCUAGUCUGGCAUCCUGUUCUCACAGUGGCCAACCAGAUGCUGUAGGAAACCUGAAAGGAAGACCCGAGGGCAGGAGCAUUCUCGUCUCCUGUGCUUUCCAGCAAGUACAUUCAGAAGCAUUGUUGUCUCUGAUCAUGGAAGCACAGAGCACAGGCUAGCAGCCAUUGAUAGCCUUCACCUCCAUACAUUUGUCUGGUUCGCUUUUAAAACUCUCCAAGUUGGCAGCCAUUCCAUACAUUCGACUCUGUUCUGGUUUGUGGAAGUGCCUCCUUUUGCCUGUCCUGUAUUUUCGAAGAUUCAGCGUCAUUGCAUAUCCAUGAAUUCCAGCGUUGUGAGAGAUGGAGAAAAACAUCGCUAUCCACUAGGCUCAUGAUGUAUAUACAAUGGUACCUUGGGUUAAGAACUUAAUUCAUUCUGGUGGUCUGUUCUUAACCUGAAGCUGUUCUUAACCUGAGGUACGGCUUUAGCUAAUGGGGCCUCCCGCUGCCGCCAGCACACGAUUUCUGUUCUCAUACUGAAGCAAAGUUCUUAACCCGAGGUACCAUUUCUGGGUUAGCAGAGUCUGUAACCUGAAGCGUCUGUAACCCGAGUUACCACUCUAUGUGUAAAUAAACCAUAUAUCUUAAAGACACCACAGUCUCCACUGUGCCACAUUUCCCAAAGGAAAUUUUAUUGAACCUCAAGGACUCCCUCUCUCCAUAUGAACCUACCUGAGAUCAUCUUCUGAGGCCCUUCUUCAUGUGCGUCCUCAACAAGAGGUCCAGAGGGUGGCAACACGAGAACAGGCCUUUUCCGCAGUGGCUCCCCGUUUGUGCAAUGCUCUCCCCAGGGAGGUUGAGCUAGCGCCUUCAUUAUAGACCUUUAGGCACCAGGCAAAAAUGUUCCUCAUUAACCAGGCCUUUAGGUGAUUGGCAUUCAAUACCUUUUUAAAAUGUGUUGGGGAGGUGGGGGGGCUAUUGGGUUGUUUUAUGUUUGUAUUUUGUGAUUUUAUCUUGUGAACCGCCCUGAGACCCAUGGGUAUAGAGUGGUAAGCAAAUUUAAAUAAUAAUAAACGUCUUUCACAUCACCUCCUACUUGUGUUUCCUCUAAAAAUGAAAGAGUCCCAAAUGCUGCAACCUUUCAUAGAUAGGUGUGUGUGUGUGUGUGUGUGUGUGUGUGUGUCUACCUUUUGGGUGGCUGAAAUGUAGCCUACUGUACAAAGGUAAAAGUCACAGCUACUGCUCCACCUCCACUGUUCCCACUGGCUCUGUCCAUCCCGGGAAUUGGGGUCCCCAGAAUAUUGGCCACAACGGCGUGCAACCCUCAUGCUGAAAAAAGGUUCCAGGUUCUCUGCUCCUGCAAUAUACAUUGCAAGUUUGAGAUGAUUGGGAUUGAACCUGAGACCUUCUGCAUGCAAAGCGAGUGCUCUGCUCCUGAGCUAAGUAAACCCAUGCCUAUCCUUCAUCACUAUAUUUUGUACUCUGUAAUGUUUGAGCUCUCUUCAGCAUGCAUUUGCAAUGUUGCCAGUUUGGUUCUGGGUGGAGGUGGCCAAAGCACCAUGCUCAGCUUAAGGCAUAGCUCAACAGAUAGUUCUUUGUGCCGACUGAAAGUGGCAGGAUAAUGAGCAGUUUAGCUACAUUAUAUUUUCCAUUUGGCUGUUGGAUUAGAUUCUCACGAGGAACUGAAGUAGGGCUAGAGAUGAAUACUUGUCCAAAAAGGCUGGCUGCAUGAUUUAUUCUCUCCCCUCCCUACCCCACCCCUCCGCAUGCUCUUUAAUAUCCCCAGUUAAAUUUGCCAUAACUUUCCCUGUAUUGUUGAAUGCUUAAAAUAAUUAGUGGAAGACAAUGAGGAAGUUGGAAGAAGAGGAUGAAAGGAAGGCGUCUCCCUUUAAGAGGUGGCUUUAAGCAAAGCUAAAAGUUCAUCUCAAAGAUUUGCCAGUAAUCUAGACUUAAAAAAUAAUAAUAGUCCUGAUCCUCAUGAUAUUUCCCCCCCCCCCUUGUUGUGUUGGGUCUCAGCUGUGACAAGUGCUGUAAUGUGUGAAGUAGAAUUUGUAUUAAGUGGUGUUGUAUUAAUUGUUAGCUCUGUUGAGGACCAUAAGAGGCUUCCCCUGUGAAUUACAAAUAUUCUGUUGCAUUGUUUUUGCCUACAGACACUGAAACUGCUAUUAAUGGCACUGUAGAUAGAUUUGGAGUGGAGCACAGAAUUCCAGUGCUGAAGAGAGAGACCUUGCUGUGUUCUGUUUCUCUGCCCUCUGAUAACCUCUGCAUUGUGUAUGUCAGAUGAGAGAGAGAGAGAGAGAGAAGAUACAGAUGUAUUCUGACCAAACAAGUGGGAGAUGCUUAAGGUUAAAGUGUGUUGCCCUUUUUUUCCUUGUCAGUGUAGACUUGCAUUAAAUUGACAAACGAUUUGAAACAGUAACUUCCAAGUUGUAACUGAUGUGAGGUUUGCUGCCUCCACCCAGCUUUUGUAGUCCUCAUCCGGGCCUCAAAAUAAAACUUGGCUGUAAACUAAUUUCUGCUAAGGCAUAACUUUCCUGAUCUGCUAAGCAUGGUUAGGAGAUUGGAAUUGUGUCAUGGGCUUGUCCUUCCAGCUGAACUCUUCCUCCUCUUCCAGGGCUUCCUUUAGCUAUAUGGUAGCACUACAUCUGCUAGAUUUCCUGAUAACCAAGGUGUUAUGAGAGCAACUUUAUUUUACAUCUGCUAGUCAAGGAGCAGCCGGCACUGAGACCCCACAUACUAUUAAAAUCAUUUUUAAAGCUAUUAUUAUUAUUAUUGAAGGAAACUGAAUUCCUCAUAUUCUCCCUCCCCCUUCCUUGUUGCAUGGAGUCACAGAUACACAAAAGCUUAGCUACGGUAUAGGACCCAAGCUUUAGAAAACUUAAAAUGCAGCUUUCUUUAUAAAAGAGAGAUUUCUGGAGUUCUUGCUUUAUUUCUGCUGUUCUACACACACAAAAAAAUGGUCUCCUAGACCCACUGGUGUGGUGAAGGAAAGUUCUCUGAAGGCAAUGCCUCAAAUCUGCCAGAGCUUUAGGUGAGGAUUGCCCGCUUAAUGCAGUUUUCUUUACUCAUGUUGCAUGCGGUGUGAAACCUGUUGAGUCUGCAGCAAUCUAUUCCACAUGCCACUUCAACCAGCUUUACUAAACUGCUCGGAAGAGCAUAAGAAUUCCUUUUUGCAGGGUGCACCCAAACUUAUAAAACGACAACAAAAUGGGUGUUAACAGCAUAUGUUUCCCCAUCUGGGUAAGCCUGGUGUGCUCCUGCAUUCAAAAUGCCAUGAUGACAGAUGUAUCUAUGUGCACACUGAACAUGCAUUUGCUUAGUUGCUCUUCCUCCAGGUAGAGAAUGUCUGCAUUGAUCUUUUGGAGCAGAACAUGUGUAUCACUUUGUUUGAAUGUUCAUUUCUCUUCCCGUUUGAAAAACACACACCAGAAAUCUUUUUCUUUCUUUCUUUAAGUUCAGAAGCCCCUCUGGAGUGGAAGGGGAAUUGGCUAGUUCCUUGGAUCACGUUAGAUGGGAGGUUGGGAGUCCAACAUCUGGAUGGCACCAUGUUGGCUUACAGCUGCUGUAGGGUGCAUGCCUUAACACAAUGCAGUGGUUACUGUUCUGCAGUGGGCUUGCCCCUCAAAGCUUUGUGCAUCUGGAUGCGCCUUUAGUUUUAAGGAGUGCUUGUCAUCCCAGUUGCAGGUGAAAAAUGGGAGUGCUGCAGCUUAGUCCUGAUUCAGAAGGUAUGAAUGAGUUUCUGUAGAUCAGGGUGUGGCAGCAAUUAGGGUGUGGAUAAUGACAAACUUGCUGAGGGAAGCAGAGAAAGGGUAUAAUGCAAUGCUGGACAACCUUGGGGUGCACGAUUAGUGUGUUCAGAAUGAAAAGAGCAAUUUAUCCAAACAGGUGCAUCCUGUCCUAUUCCAAGAGGGGAAAAGAUUUGAACCAAAUCUUGGAAGAAAGUUGAAUCCGGACAUAUUUCACCACCUUUCUGGUCUUGGAUUAUAGAUUGUUGUUGAUGAACUGGUAUGCGAGGAAGGCAGAUGGGGCAGUGAGAAUUGGGGGGAAAUGUAUACAGUAUAUGCAUGUUUGGACAGAGUGCAGAGUUAUUUUUAUGAGCUUUGCAAUUCUGUACAUUCUUUACGUGUGGAAGUUGCCAUGGAAAUGAAGGAUGCAUUCGUUUGACAUUUUUGGCAUUUUGUCAGGUUCUGGUGCUGCUUAUUCAAAUGAAAAAAUGUGGAUGAAGGUAGUGCAAAUUUGGCAUUUAAAAGAGAUUGUGCCUAAGCGCUUCAGUGGGAUACAAAUGUUGGUGAACGAGUUAAUCACUCGCUUAAAUUAAUAAAUAAAAUGAAAAGAAUGUGCUUAUACUAGCUCAAGCUUGGGAAAUGUUUCAUGGAUUAUUUUCAUGGAUUAUGGGACAGUUGUUUAAUUCCCAUUGAAAGAGCAGUAAAUAAGAUUGCGCUUGUGUGCAUACCAUGCUGAAGGAUGCUUCUAUCAUGGCACCUUAAAACACACUAAAAGCAGCAACCACAGUCUGCACACCAGCCUGAAGAUACUCACUGGGACCAUGUGAUGCAUGCAAAUAUAUGCAAAAAUGCUCCCACAGCUUUUUUUAAAAUAAAAAGCAACUCAGUUUCUGAGUGCAGAUAAGCAGUAGUAUGUGCAUAUACAAAUCCUUUGCCCUACAACCAGUUUUCCCACUUUAAAACCUUUCCCCUGAUCUGCUUUCCUCCUUAACAGGGCUCCUGAAGUGUGUCUGUCCUCAUAAGACCCUCAUUGUUUCAGCUGUCAAGGCAGUCAGCUCUGUGUAUUAGAAGCCUGUCCUAAAGUGGUUGCAAUUGCAGAUUUAUUGGUGUGGGUGUUGCUGUUCCUGGAAUUCAGUACCAGGGCACACUUUUUGGAUGAUGGACCACCAAAUGAGCAGGCAGCAGCUGUGCAUCCUUCCUCUGAUAAAUUCUCCAGCUGCUCCAACAGUACAGUACACAAUCAGAGCGACCCAUCACACAGUCGGCAGGAUCAAUGAUUGUGCUCCCCUCAGGCUCUGGGAUUAAUACUGAACUAGGAUUCUGGAGGAAAUGUUCUGUGCUCGGUUUGUUGAUCAGUGCUUGACAGUGUUCCAUUUACCCUAGAUUCUAACUUUUUCCAACAACAGCAGCAGUGAAAAAGAAACUCACAUGGUUUUUUGAGGGUGGUAAGUGUUAAAUUUAUUUCCAACACAGUGGAAAUAAUCACCAUAUGGUUAUGUGAUUUUUGCAAGCUGUCCAAAGACAACUAAAAUACAAUUAGUCUAUCUGUUCCAUUUGUCAAUCUAUAAGUGACACUGUUCACAUCCCUCGCAGUGCUGGUUGCUGGCAGUAUAAAAGGCUUGAUUGGCCUACCUGUCUUCUCCUAUUAGGAUCAAUAUUCAAAUGAAAUGGAACAGCCACAACAACAGAACAGAACUCAAACCUUUCAACUUUUUGUUGAAGGGUGAGAAGCUUUAUAGGCUUGGUUUAACAGUCAAUCCCUCUUUUCCCAGAGAACUCUUGGAAUUGUAGCUCUGUGAAGGGAAUAGGGGUCAACUAGCAACUUCUCAGCAUUAUUAAUAAAUUACAUUACCAAGGGUUUUCUGGGGGGAAGCUAUGAAUGCUUAAAGUGGUAUGAUACUGCUUUAAAUGUACAGUUCAGAUGGGGCCAUGGGUGGUGAAGGAUGAUGGGAGUUGUAGUCCAACCCCUGGAGGGCUAUAGGUUUCCCUUCCUUGGGAUUAAAAGGUGCUUAGAAUAGUCUGGGAAUGGGUCUCUACCUUAAGGCCUGCUGCUAGCAAGCAUAGAUGUGGACAGGGGAGCUUCAUUUUCAUGUGAAGAGCACAGAAAUAAAUCAGAAGUGGAGGAAGCUGAGUGCCAGGCAGAUUUAUAUCCUUCAUUUUAAUACUGUGUCCUGGUUGGUAUUUGAGGUGUCCAAAUACAUUGUCACAGCUUCUUUCCGAACAAUUUCUAGUCUUGUGUAAAAUUCAAGUAUACAUGGGCUGUGGAAUCACAUUUAUGCUUAGUUCAGGGCCACACAAAAUAGGAUUUAUAACUACAUCAUAAUUAACAUAUUUCUUCAGCUUUGCCUUCAGGCACAAGAACAGGCUCCCCCUCCCUUUUUAAAUGCAUUUUAAUUUUUGAAGUUGUGAACUGGUUCAUCCAUUCACCCCCUCCUUCCUGAAUAUACAUAGGCAAGUUAUGCUGAUACACUCCAGGCCUAUUAUUAAUUGCAGGCAUGAAUUAAUAGCCCCAAAUCCAUUUUUUAAAACACAUGAUUGCUCUGCUUUUAUCAUAUUUAAAAUAAGUUAUAGCUAACAAUUUUCAGACGGGUAGCCGUGUUUGUUUGUUGCAACAAAAACAAAAUAAUCUUAAAGUGUGUGUGUGUGUGCGCGCACAUAAGAUUAUAUUAUAUAAUAGGGGGCCAUUUUGUAUUCAUCUUGUCCCUCUUGUCAUCUGCAAAAGACAUUUUUGGGCAUCAGAUGUGGGCAUUUGAAAGAUCCAGGGCAUGGGGAGGGAUACCUGCUCAGCAAGCAAACUUGUACGUGUGCACUGCUGUCUAAUAAACUGAAUUGCACUGUAACAGAUAGGUCUUAUAACGGUGAUAUUAAAAAUGAACAAAUCCCUGGGUCUUGGGUGGCAUUGUCCAGAAAGUUCUUAAAGAACUAACAUAUGCAGUCUUUCUAUAUUCCUCUGGUUGGCCAUCAUGAGACCAGGAUGUUAGACUAAAGAUGUGCCUUUUCGUCUCAUCCAACAGGACUGCUGUUAUGCUCCCAACUCCUGCUGUUCCUGACCGUUGGCUGGGGUAUCUCAGCCUGAUUGAUAUGAGUUGGAGUCCAAGAUGACCACCAUAGCUCAUUUGGUUAGGGCAUGGUGCUGAUAAUGCCAAGGUUGCAAGUCUGAUCCCUGUACAGUGGUAAAGGUAAAGGUAAAGGUACCCCUGCCCGUACGGGCCAGUCGUGUCCGACUCUAGGGUUGCGCGCCCAUCUCGCUUAAGAGGCCGGGGGCCAGCGCUGUCCGGAGACACUUCCGGGUCACGUGGCCAGCGUGACGAAGCUGCUCUGGCAAGCCAGCACCAGCACAGCACACAGAAACGCCGUUUACCUUCCCGCUAUAAAGCGGUACCUAUUUAUCUACUUGCACUUAAGAGUGCUUUCGAACUGCUAGGUGGGCAGGAGCUGGGACCGAACGACGGGAGCUCACCCCGCUGCGGGGAUUCGAACCGCCGAUCAUACGAUCGGCAAGUCCUAGGCGCUGAGGUUUUACCCACAGCGCCACCCGCGUCCCUACCUGUACAGUGGUACCUCGGGUCAAGUACUUAAUUCGUUCUGGAGGUCCGUUCUUAACCUGAAACUGUUCUUAACCUGAAGCGCCACUUUAGCUAAUGGGGCCUCCUGCUGCUGCCAUGCCACCGGAGCACGAUUUCUGUUCUCAUCCUGAAGCAAAGUUCUUAACCCGAGGUACUAUUUCUGGGUUAGCGGAGUCUGUAACCUGAAGCAUAUGUAACCUGAAGUGUAUGUAACCCGAGGUGCCACUGUAUAGGGCAACUGCAUAUUUCUGCAUUGCAGGGGGUUGCCUAGAUGAUUCUCAGGGUCCCUUUCAACGCUAUGAUUCAUGAUCAUUUGGAGAGCUACAGGUUCCCUGCCCCUAUACUAGCCACUCUGCCAUGCUGGCUUAUGCCUGGCUGUUGGGAAUGUUUACAAACCCAGAACAGAGCAUUUCAGCUGCCUUACCACCUGACACCUGGCAUGCUUCUGAACACCUAAAUAUGUUCAAAUUAUGAUUGACUCAUCAGAUGUAAGCUUGUUCUUUAGCUAAAGGAUAAAUCUUGGGUAUGUAGGCUUUUAAAAAUCUGGCUCUGGUUCAGAAGCUGAAGGUGCACACAAGAUGUAAGGCAGCUUGAACAAGUGAAACUCUUUAAGAAGACUCGCCAUUUGUUCCACCCACUGUUUUGUCAUUAUUGGAUUUUCAGCUUUUUAUGUACAUACACCAUUUCUUCCCUUCCCCUGGCAUUGUGGGUGUGUAGGAUGCUUGGAGAAAAUUUGCUAUGUAGAGCUGUUUAAUGAGGGCUGGUUUGGAAACGUUAAAAGCUGGUAACGUGUAUGCUUGAUGUCAGUGGCCAUCAUUAUCUAUUGAAGGGGCCUCCAUCCUUUUUUGGCACAUUUGGAAUUUUGAGGAAGUUCAGUGGGUGCCAGUCACAAAUAGUCACCACACCUUAAAAGUACAGAAACAGGCGGGUUUUCCCCUAAUCAAUAGACUGAGGCACGUACAUCAGCCACCGCUGCACUUGGUCAUAGGGAGAAGGUCUUUCACACUACCUCCAUUCAGAAGGAAGAGGAAGGUGGGUGUCCUAUCCUGGCAUCCAGGAAAAGGUGGAUUUGAUGAAGGGGCCGUGUUCUCUGUAGGAGAAGCUGAGCAAGUGAAUCAAAAGAGCAAGCAGUCUCAUGCAUCUUGGCUGUGAGUCCUGGAAGACCUGACCCCUGUCUUGCAGGCAGGCCUUUUCCAACCUGGCCUGGGAAGGCAGGGCCCGGACUGACUCCAGCUACAAAAGCUGAGGCUGCUGAACAGAUGCUUGGGCUGGGGUGUUGUUAAGGUGUGGUUGCUGGCAGGGGGUGGUUGCUGUUAAUUUUUUGUAUCUUUAUUUCAGGUGCUAUGAGUCAGGUGGAAAUUGCUCAACCUGGUUGUGCACAUUUUCAUGUUUUGUUCAUUGUUUAUGAAUACUAAUGUUGUGUUUGUGGUUAUAUCAUUUUUUGUAUGUUGUAAGCUGCCUUCAGCAUGGUUUUAACUUUGGAAAGGUGGCAUACAGCUAUACUGACUGAUUGAUUUUUGAGGACACAUUUACUGAAGCCUUCCGCAGGCACCUGGAGCUGCAUUGGUGACCCCUGAUCUCUUGCGAUAGGCUCAACACUUUCAAGUGUGUAGGCUUCAUGGAGCCCCUGUUGAAAGAACUCCAGAGCUGCUAUUGGUUUGAACACCAAGGUGUUAGAAGCAUGGUGGUUCAUCAGAGGGUUGAUUUUCAAAACAGCACCACAACUCUUAGUUUCCCCAGAUAUGUUGUUGUUGUUUAGUCAUUUAGUCGUGUCCGACUCUUUGUGACCCUAUGGACCAGAGCACGCCAGGCACUCCUAUCUUCUACUGCCUCCUGCAGUUUGGUCAAACUCAUGCUGGUAGCUUUGACAACACUGUCCAACCAUCUCAUCCUCUGUCGUCCCCUUCUCCUUGUGCCCUCCAUCUUUCCCAACAUCAGGGAGUCUUCUCUUCUCAUGAGGUGAGUCUUCUCUUCUCACGAGGUGUCUUCUCCAGGGAGUCUUCUCUUCUCAUGAGGUGGCCAAAGUAUUGGAGCCUCAGCUUCAGGAUCUGUCCUUCCAGUGAGCACUCAGGGCUGAUUUCCUUCAGAAUGGAUAGGUUUGAUCUUCUUGCAGUCCAUGGGACUCUCAAGAGUCUCCUCCAGCACCAUAAUUCAAAAGCAUCAAUUCUUCGGCGAUCAGCCUUCUUUAUGGUUCAGCUCUCACUUCCAUACAUCACUACUGGGAAAACCAUAGCUUGAACUAUACAGACCUUUGUUGGCAAGUUGAUGUCUCUGCUUUUUAAGCAGGCGUCUUUUAAUUUCGUGACUGCUGUCACCAUCUGCAGUGAUCAUGGAGCCCAAGAAAGUAAAAUCUCUCACUGCCUCCAUUUCUUCCCCUUCUAUUUGCCAGGAGGUGAUGGGCCCAGUGGCCAUGAUCUUCAUUUUUUGAUGUUGAGCUUCAGACCAUAUUUUGCACUCUCCUCUUUCACCCUCAUUAAAAGGUUCUUUAAUUCCUCCUCACUUUCUGCCAUCAAGGUUGUGUCAUCUGCAUAUCUGAGGUUGCUGAUAUUUCUUCCAGCAAUCUUAAUUCCGGCUUGGGAUUCAUCCAGCCCAGCCUUUCGCAUGAUGAAUUCUGCAUAUAAGUUAAAUAAGCAGGGAGACAAUAUACAGCCUUGUCAUACUCCUUUCCCAAUUUUGAACCAAUCAGUUGUUCCAUAUCCAGUUCUAACUGUGGCUUCUUGUCCCACAUAGAGAUUUCUCAGGAGGCAGAUGAGGUUAUCAGGCACUCCCCAGAUAUAUUUCACAAAUAAAGAUUGCUUCAAUUAAUGAUCACCUGGCUCGUAAUGAUUUAAGUGCAUACCCAGGUGUGUGGUGUAAAUUAGUUGCUUUUCAUCUAAAAUAACUCUCACAAUGACUUACGAAAAAGAAAACUUGUUAUAAUUUUUCCUGCAUCAAGCAGCCUUGGGUAGAAUGGUUGUCUGUUAAAUGGUUAGCCUUCAUGGCUCAUUUAGAAGACGAUAGACCUGAUUGGGCCUUUGGAGAAGGAACUUAGCUCAGUGGUAGAGCAUCUGUUUUGCAUGCAAAAGGUCCUGAGUUCAGUGCCCAGCAUCGCCAGGUAGGGAUGGGAAAGACUCCUCCCUAAAACCCAUUGCCAGUCAGUAUAGACAAUAUUAGUCAGUCAGUAUAGAGGGACGCGGGUGGCGCUGUGGGUUAAACCACAGAGCCCAGGACUUGCCAAUCAGAAGGUUGGCAGUUCGAAUCCCCGUGACGGGGUGAGCUUCUGUUGCUUGGUCCCUGCUCCUGCUCACCUAGCAGUUCGAAAGCAUGCCAAGUGCAAGUAGAUAAAUAGGUACCGCUCCAGCGGGAAGGUAAACAGCGUUUCCGUGCACUGCUCUGGUUUGCCAGAAGCGGCUUAGUCAUGCUGGCCACAUGACCUGGAAGCUGUACGCCAGCUCCCUCGGACCAUAAGCGACAUGAGCGCUGCAACCCCAGAGUCAGUCACAACUGGACCUAAUGGUCAGGGGUCCCUUUACCUUUACCUUAUAGACAAUAUUGAGCUCACUUAACGAAUGGUCUGACUUGAUCUAAAGCAGUUUCCCAUGUCCUUCCUCUGCCCUUAGCAAAUAUCUGUCAAAGAGCAUUGUCUGUGUUUGCCUGCAAUGAGUUUAGUCCAUACCCCCCCCCACAUUUAUCUGAUGAAAAUAAGGUCAUCAUCAUCAUCACCAACAACAACACCUCUCCCAUCUGACUGGGUUACCCCAGCCACUCUGGGAGACUUUCAACAUAUAUAUAAGCACAAUAAAACAUUAAACAUUUAAAAAGUCCCUAUAUAGGGCUGCCUUCAGAUGUCUUCUAAAGGUUGUAUAGUUAUCUCCUUGGCUUGGGGUGUCACAUAACUCCAUCCCCCCCCCAACAUUUCUCCGAUGAAAAUAGGGAUGUCCUAAGGAAAAGUGGGACAUUCCAGGUUCAAAUCAGAAACCAGGACAGCAUCUGUAAAUCUGGGACUGUCCCUGGAAAAUAGGGACACUUGUGGGGGUCUGUUAGUCUGAGCUAACCUAAAAGGUGGAGUUAUGUGUCUAUAUCAAGGAGUGUUACUGCAGGGGGACAUUUAAGGACAAUGUUUUGGUUAUUAUGCAUGUGGAGCCUUCUCUGCAGGUGGAAGAGCCUUUAUCAAAAAUGCUGCUUCAGUCAUCCUUGAUGACUAGAAACUGUUUCCUUAUAUCUGUAUUGAUGACUCUUGGCUACUAGCUGUGGUCCACAUCUUGCUUGAUUAGGGGCUAGAGAAGAAACAGAAGAGCAGUUGUAUUGUGGUCAGCGAAGGAGAAAGAAGUUUGAGUUGUGCAGCUGGCUGAAUGGCCAAGAGCAUUCUUUGUGUUUUGGAGACUUGAUGGUUUUUUUGGGUGCUUGUGCUCAACACACACACGCGCACACACACAUAUGCUUGUUUGCAGCACGUUCUCUCUCUCCCUCUCUCCAGAAGGACGCUGACCUUAGUUUGUUUGUUUUUUAAACUGCCCUGGAACUUGUGACACUUGGGAAUGUUGAGGAAGAAUACAUAUGUAGCUUUAAAAUGAGCGCACUACAUGUGGUCGAUACCUCAUACUCCUUUUUACUUUUGUAAGUUGUACCGAGUCGCUUACAAAAAGGCAAAGUAAAAGGGAGAAUUGCAAGAAUAGGUGGAAACUAUUUCUUUACUUGUUUGUGAGGAAUAUCUGCUAUAAGAAUCCUGCACCUGGAAUGAAACCAACAAGCAGAAUUUUAAUUCCUCAAACUGUGGAUUUUUUAAAUUAAGCUUUACUCUAGGGAACCUUUGCAUUUUGUAGAUAAAAUGCAUGACACAAUCUUCUUCUCGACCACCUAGGUACUGGUCAUUUUUAUAUGCGUGUAUCUACAUUGGAGAUUGCUUAUUAGAAUGCAGAAGGGGAUUGGGGAAGAAUGAUGGUGCUUCCUGUAUGCCAUUUGGCUGUUCACAUUAUAUUUGAAUUCAUUUUAUCGUCCUGCUGCAUUAGCAUUCACCAGAGCCACCUGCUUAGAAACGUGUGUUGUGUAUUAAACUAUGUACUUGAAUUACAGUACUAAACUUCAGUUGUCUCUGGUAUUUGCACAAGGUAAUUUCUAGCAUUAGCUGAAAAUACACACAUUUGUCAUAAAGUUGGCCACAGGUCUGGCUAUGGGAUGUUUUCCUGUUUUAAGUGUCGAAAAUUUAAAAGCUUUAAAAAUAUAUAUUUUAAAAAUCAUUAAAAGUGGCAGCGGUAAGAGAAUGUGAUCAUGGAGCACAUAACUAUCUGACAUAUUUAUUCCAUCACCCUUUCAAGGAUCUGAUGAUCCCUUCUCUUUACACGCACACACAGAAGAAGAACAGCUACUUAAACCUUAUAACUUCACAGCUGUGAGUGGUUGGUGACACAUGCAGGAAAAGGAGCUGUGGAAUUCGGCUAUUUGGUAAUAGUGUGGAAAUUUAAGAAGAAGCAGCUCGGUGCUAGCAGGUUUUGACACUUCCCAGGAUAAGGAGGAGGUAAAAUAUAAGGUGAUAUGGGUCAGAAUAGGUAUAAGACUUGAGUGGUGUAACUCUUUGUAGCUUUGCUCUCCUGCUUCAGAAUUCCAGAGUUCUCAUCUUGAGCUGUUUCAACACUGGGCUAGACUUGAUCAAUGUUACGUUGUUGAUCAAGGGCAGAACAGACGCGGCAUUUCCAUCUUUCACAAACUCAUGAUGCAUUCCAUUUCUCCUGUCCCUCCCUAUUCCAGAGAGCAGCCCAUCUUCACCACCAGAGCGCAUGUGUUCCAAAUUGACCACACCACCAAGAAGAACUGGGUACCUGCAAGCAAGCAGGCUGUAACUGUUUCCUACUUCUAUGACAGCACAAGAAACAGCUAUCGGAUAAUCAGUGUGGAUGGCACCAAGGUAGGAGGUUGGCGCAGAUACAUCUGGCAUGCUUGCAGAAUUGAAAUAUCACUGAAGUGGGAAAAUUUGUAUGAAUGUGGCUCAUGUACAUUUCUCUCUCUCUCAUAUAUAUAUAUAUAUAUAUAUAUAUAUAUAUAUAUAUGAAUGAAACUUUAAUAGGCUUGUCCAUAUUUCAUAAACUUUAGUUGUUACAGGAAAGUUGGGGUGUAUGGUUAAUCAUGAAAACGUAUGCAUUUCUUUGGAAGAAAAGCAUAGGAUGACUUAGAAAGGCUUUUACUUACCAACUCACCUGAUAGCCACAGGCAGCCAGGAAUUUCUUGCAAGUGAGUGCUGGAGGAGGAGGGACAGACCUUUCUGUUCUUCAGUCUGUUUGGAUUCCAUCUGGCUGUGGAGGACAGGAAACCCAUCUCUCCUUUACCAGUAUGUUUGAUAAAAUGUAGGUUCCUCCCCCAAUGAUACACACAAUGUCUGCUAAGAAGACAGCUGGCUGCUGAGAGUUCCCUAUCCCAUAAUAACCCCUGGUGGCCAGCAUGGAAAAACAGGCUACUAGUCUCUUACCAAACUAGUCAAACAAACAAACAAACAAACAAACAUCUCUAUCAACUUUUUUGAGCUUAUUUACAAGGCUGGAAUAAGAGGUAGCUUGGUAAAUUGUCUAGUAAGGUUCUCAUAUUGUGGCAAUGGUGGAGCUGAGGAGCUCCUUUCAGUGCCUAGAUGGGAAAUUGCUGGGAGUUUUUGUUAAGCUGUUCUGUGGGUUCUUAAAGGAAGACAUGAAUUAUGAGACUGUAAUUUUAGUGUUGCAGAAAAGCUAUGAUCAGUAAUAGCUCUCUGCUAACUGUAUUUCAUAAAUACAUUUUAAUUGUGUGGGUGCCUUACUUAACCGUUUUGUUUAAUGGACAAAGGGAUAUUGCUUCUCUCAUUCUCCCCUCCCCCUUCCAAGCAGAAUUGGUUGUAGAAACUUAUUUUGGAGGUAAAAAGAUGGGAGUUUUAGCUCAAGGUUUGCAUCUCUAGACAGAGAGAUAGUGAGUCUAAGAAUCUUUGAUACAGGAUGUUGUUCUGGUUGGGUUUUUGUUGUUGUUGCAAUACUUAGUGUUAUGACUUGAGCUUCCUAGGCUCAAGGUAACUUACAAAAACUGGCUGCAACCUUUGCCUCAUUUUAUGAUCACAGCAGCGGUCUCUGGCGUCAUUCAGGCAUAGCAGCGAGCCAUAUGCCUGCAACAUUGUCUCUCUCUGGGCCAGCCAAUUGCUUACCUUAUUUCUGUGUUUUAGGGAAAUUAUAUAUUGCUGUUGCUUGCAAACUGUGGUUUGCACAAGGCUUAGAUUGCUCCCCGCCACAACCAACUCAUUCACGCAGCACUAAACCAUGGUUUGGCAGUAAUGUCGCCUCCAUCAGGAACCCUGUUUCUAAAGGUAAUCAGGGAUGUGACUUGAUUUAGAUGAUUAAUGUAGUGCUGUGGAAUUUGACCCCAAUGCCCUUGUAGUGAAACCCUGAAAUUUUAACAUAAGAAGCUACCUUAUGCCAUCAGUCUGUCUAGCUCAGUGUCGUCUACACUGACUGAUGGUGGCUCUCCAGAGUUUCCAAACCCUGCUUGGAGAUACCAGUUUGAAGCUGGGACCUUCUGCAUAUGAAACAGGUGUUCUGCCGCUUAGCUAUGGCACUCCCCCAAGAGAAACGCAGGGAAGGUGUAUGUGUAAAGACAUCACAGAAUAGAACAUAUGGAGGAUUAGGAGGGGAAGGGUGUCUAACCUAUUUUUAAUACCACUUGAGCCAGUUAGAGUGCUAAAUGCAUAGGAGGGGUGAAGUUGUUGACUCAUAGGAACCAUAGCUGUCAACUUACAGAUUUGAAAAUAAGGGACCAGCAGCCUCGAAAACAAGGGAUCAGCAGCCAAAAUAAGGGAUUUUAGUCAACCAGCAGCCAAACAAAGCCUCAAGUGGUGGUUCCCAUAGUGCAGCAACCCGGCAAAGGGGAUGCAGCAAGUAAAACCACCAUCACCUCUCCGCUGGGAAGUGCUGAGCAAAGGCGAGUCCCCAGGCAACACGGCCUAUUUGACAUGCAAGCUCCACCCCCCAGUCGUUCUUAGACUCCUUAUUGGGUGCGCAGUGCAGCCAUGCAACACAGUUGGAGCCUCCCUCCUCCCUGGCCGGCAGGGAGGGAGGGAGAGGAGCUGCUUCCUUUGAAACCCGGGAAAUUUAAGGGACAUCGUCAAUAAGGGACAGCAGCGGGACAUGGCACUGGGAUAAGGGAGUUUCCUGCCAAAUAAGGGAUGCUUGACAGCUAUGAUAGGAACAUGGAAACUGCCUUCUGCUGAGUCAGACCACUGGUCCAUCUAGGGCAGUACUUCCUACACCGACUGGCAGUGGGUUUCAGAGAAGGGGAUAUUUACAUCUCCAGCUGGAGAUGCCAGGAAUUAAACCAGGGAUCUUCUGCAGGUAAAGCUGGUGUUCUGCCUCUGUGUGCAGGGCAAGGUCAAAUUCGCAACUUGAAACUGAAUGUCAGACAAAUUCCAGGUUACCCAUGAGCAAUUCGUAGGCAGCCUAGAAGCUUGUUUCUCUUGCCCAUCAGUUGCUGAGGAUAAAGAGGCAUUUUGCACACCACACAAAAGCAAAAUGUUGCAAAGGGGUUUGCCAUCAAACAUGCAUUGACAGGGUGCUGCAGCCGGUUGUGUAUGUUUGCACAUGUGCUCACACACCCACGCUCAUGCGUGCAAACUUGGUUGCCACCAGUGGUGCGCAUUUAAAGCUGAGCAUUUAAAAAUGCUGAAAGCACAAGGUGCUUCAGUUUCAAGAGUAUGGUAUGCAGGUUCUUUUAGGUGCAAGGGAACUUCUGGGGAAACACAACUUAAGUCACCCCGAAAGAAGGUAUUGGAGCACUUCACAUCACUUGAAUUUGUAUGUGCACAGAAAAUAGUAGAACUAGCUUGAAAGGCAAUAUACUGAGAACUGCAUUAAUCAUUGCAACGCAUCCCUGGUUGUAUAACAUUGUUAUAAUUAUGCAGUAAUGCUUUUGGAAGUUGUAUAGCGUGUGAGGGUGUGUGGCUAUGACUAUCACAAAAUUCACCCACUUCUGAAUUUGUUGCUACUCCACUGGUUGUCACAUUCAUACUGUGCGCAGUUUGGGUUAGAUAAAUGGCAGGGAGAAUGCUCAACUCUCCCCUCCCUGCUGUUGCUUUUUCUGCGGGAAGUGGCUUUUCCAGUUUUAAAAGGUUGCUGGCGUACUGUUGCAUGCACCAACAAUGGCCUUCUACCCUGAGGUAAAUGGGAGUCUGUGUUAUAUACUCUGCAGGCUUGCUGUGAGUUCCAGUGUGCCUAGAAUCUUCCGCUUAAAAAAGAAUAGCUGCAUCUCUCAGAAAAGUUUGUACUAAACUUGAAAAUUGCACCUGAUAUGUGGCCAUUUAAUUCAGACCAGACUUUUUAAGUUUUGACAAGACCUGCUGAGUGCUACUGGUCUGUUGCCUAGGGUAGCAUGUUGCAGGGGCUGCAAAAGAAAAACACUGGUAGAUAGACAAGAAAAUCUGCCUUUUUUGCUGCAAGUGAGGCAGGAGGCAGGCAGGCGUCUCUCUGAGUGUUAAGGGUGUUUUGUUUGAAAGUGUUACUGCGGUUCAUGGUGUGUGGUUGUGCACUCACUAAUUCACCUUCCCUUCACAUCUAAAAGCCCCCUUCACGUGUUACCUGUGGGUAGAGACUAUGGUGGAAUCCACACACAUAUAAAAACCGUUCUGAAAAUGCUUUUUUAAAAAAGCCUUUUAAAAAAUACAUUGAAUUUUCCAUAAGGCUCACCAUUGCCAUCUAGUGUCACAUUGUCUAUUGCACUUAAAACACACUUAAAAUGUUUUAUUUGCAGUUGUGUAGCCGAGUCCCUAGAGAGUUUUUUCUGUUGUUUCAAAACAACAACACCACCACCACCAAAAAAAUAAUAAUCAAAACACCAACCUGUGGAGCUUUUUUGUUCAAAGGCUACAGUGGGACAAGAGGGACGUAUGCAUGCGCAAUGGGAUGUGAAACUUAUCUCAAACACUUUUCUUCACUUCUUGCUUGUCUGUCUCCAGCUUUCUUGUGGUGAAGCUAGGUGAUAAAUGUGGGUACCUGGAAUGCAUAGCCUCCAACACUUGGUAGAGGAAAGUGGUACUCUUAAUUUUAAGCUAGUUUAAAAUUUGUUGAUGUCAUCCGACUUUCGGCUGCUGAGGCAGCUACUUCCAUUUAAUCUGUUGCCAUGCCUUGCCGCAUUUUUUAUUGAUGUAAUAACAUCUCAAUACAUAUUCGCCUUCAACCAGAAAGCACAUUCCCACCUGGAGUUAGCAUCAAUUUGCACCAAUUUGCAUUUUCCUUCUUGUUGCCUCACCAUCCAUCUUAUUCAGAAUGUUAACAUCCAGACUACAUUAGCAAGAUUAUGAGAUUCAGUUCCCAGGUUGUAUUUUGUCUAACCAAGUGAUGCAACUGGCAGGUAAGUUCCAUUGUCAGGAAAACAUUCAAUAGAUUGUGGAGAAAAUAGGGAAAGUGCCUAUUAAUAGACCUAGUUUAGGGGCAGGGAAUCUAUUAUACUGUUGGGAGAUUGCUAGCUUGUGAUGGGAAAGGCACCCGACUUUUUUAUCUCUGGCACCUCCUUUUCCCUCUCCUUGCCACCUGUCUGAAAUUAUGCUGAGGAUUACAUGCAGACCACCUCUAGACUUGUCAAAUGGGGCAGGCUCCCAUUAAUGCUAUUUAUCUUGGCAUUGACAGAACAACCUUUCUAGAUAAGACUACAUAUAAUCAGGGUCCCUUUUGCGACGGCAGUUAGUGGUACAGAGUACCAGACCCUUUAAUCAAUCUAUGACUACUAUCACCUCAUUUUUAUUUUUCACAGAAAAGGCAAUGCAUAUAAUAGCUACAUGUAAUGUUUCAUGAUAGCUCUUGACCAUAAGAAAAACACCAGUAAAAUCACUUGAUCCCCCCCCCCCACAAAUCAUCACCAAUUAAUUCAUUAAUAUACUGCUUUAUGCUGCAAUAGACCUCUAUAUGGUUUACAAGCAUAAAAGCCAAUUGCACAACCUCAGAAAUGUUAAACAUCCAUAAUUAAAAUACACAAUUAAGAUACACAAUAAAACAAUCCCAUUAAAAUAUAAACACACAUAAUUAAAAUAUGCAAUGAAGCAAUUCCAUUAAAGCAUGGUUACAGAGAAACUUUCCACUGUGACUAAGAAAUUAUUUUUGUUCUUUUACUAAUGAGCAUCCUUGCUGCUUCAAUAGGGAUGUACUAAAAGUCAAAGAAAGACACAUUAAAAGACAUAGAAUCCACUUUGUGUAUGUGUGUAUUUACUAUGGCAUAUGAGAGUGAAGAUGAGUGUAAUACUUAGAGAUCAGUAGGACUGAUUUGAAAGAACCUCUCUACAUUGGACACAUUGCCCUUUCAGAGCAAACUGAAAAACCAGUUCCCCUCCUAUUAAACACCCAUUUCCUCAGCUUAGAAAUUCUUCAAGCAUAAUUGGAAAUCUGGCUGGUAAAUUAUUUAACAGAUCAACAAAUGACCACCUUUGUGCUUGCAUAUCAGGCCAGAUUGAAGACACUGUGCUAUGUAUAUUGCGUUGCCAUUUGAUACAGCUCAUCUAUAUCAAAGAAUUUUCCAAGGGGCCAAUCAGAUGUUUUCAAAAUUAUAUGGUUGCUGAUGGUUGUAGACAAGUUUGUUACCUACCGGGUAGUUUUAUAUGCACUUAAUCCGCAUGAAGGUUCUGGACUAAUUUUUGGACCCUAAACAGUGUUGUCUGCCAGAGGGAUUUUAAAAUCUAAAUUAUUUUGGAGAAUGUUGCGAUUUUAAGUUUUGAUGAUUUGCAGUUCCAAAAACUGAUUUUUAAAAAACUUUGUCUUCGAUAAAUGUGUUUUUGUGAUUCUUAUAUUGUAACAAUCAUUGCCUACACACAAUUAAAAACUGACUGACUUGACAGUUGGUUCAACAUUCAACUUGUACUGGAACAUUUUAAGGCAUUUUUACCCCAGGAUGGGUUCACGGGAAAUAAUGCAACUUGUAAUGCAAGUUGCAGUGCCAAACUUGCAAAGCAGAUGAAGAACAUGCUGUGAGGACUCUUAACUUGUGUCUUUGUUACCUGAUAAAAAGGAAUAUUGCAGGUAAAAGAGAGGGGGAGAAUUAACAGAGGGAUUAUUCUGGAGAAAAGGCAUGAGCUCAUGAAAAUUACUGCACAGCGCAUGGGGAAAACUACACACCAGACAGCUCAUUAAAAUCGACCUACAUUGUUAUUCCUUCAGAACAACGGUGACCUAAAAGGAUGCAGAUUUGAAAGAGCACAAGCAGUUGCCUUCUCUUCCCCUUGGGAGCCAUGCAAAGGACAAGGCUGCCCAAACUUCUUUUUGUUCUAAUCAAGUCACCUGUUGUUACCUGUUGAAAAAAACAACUGCAGUCCUGAAUAGCUGGGCUCAGACAAAUUAACUUCUGUGGACUGCAUUGAGAACAAGUAGAUUUUUUCAUUUCAUAAUGGAAUAUAGAAGUAUAGUAUUGCACUGAGGACUUCAUGGGUGGAUCUACACACGGGGGGGGGGGGGUACCAUAAAUAAGCCAGAAAUUAAAUAAUUAUAACAAAAGGGGGGGAAAAACCUAUGUAAAAAAGUUGGAGAGAUGUUUUGUGCUCUCUGGCACCAUCUGGUGUUGCAUGCUUAUAAUGCAUUCAGAUCACUUUUUUUUUUUUUACUAAUGUAGCUGAGUCCCAAGCUGUUUGAAGUCUUUCAACUUGGUGUGCUUACUGAGAAAUUAGUCUCACAAAAGGGUGGAAGGAGAGUUCAUUAAACAGUUUUUAAAUUAGCAUCUUGUCCUACCUCCCAGGGUGGUACUGACUGGGAUUAGAACACUUACAUGAUGGUUUGAUUAUGUUUUUAGAUGUUUUAAAUUGUUUUUAAGCAUGUUUUGUUUUGUUUUUAAUUGUACUGUUUUAUCACUGAAUUUACCUUUGAGCUGUUCUAGUGUUGAAAGAGGGUGAAGCGGUCUCUUUCCACACUAUACAUGAUUAUAUAAAUGUCAUGUCUCCUCUUAAUCAUCUUGCUUUCUAAAUGAAAAGUGCAAAUGUUGCAGCCAUUUCUUCGCAGAGAAGGCAUCUCAUCCUCUUGAACAUGUUAGUUGCUCUUUUCCAGCUGUACAGCUUACCUUUUUUGAGGUGGCACAAUUAGAAUUACGCACAGUCCUGCACAUACUGACGAUGAACACCUCUUCUUUCUUAGGCUAGUUUUUUUUUUGGGGGGGGAGGGAGUUUUACUUUUUGUGUUCCCACUAAUGUCUCUUUAUAAAACUCGGUUUGUCACUAGUUUGCUGUUCAAAUCUCGGAUGAAGCUUUUGAGAUUUAUUUUCCCAUGAAAGGAAGCUUCAUGCUGUUACAUCUUCGCCAUUGCGCCACAGAGCGUCAUCCAACUUCCAAUAAAUUGAAAUACGUCAGUAGAUGCCUGCUCACUAAUCAUAGCGCUUGAUCUGCGCACCAGCGAAUUACUGGGUCUGGCUUAUAGGAAGUACAGUGAAAGAUCAGGGGUGGUGUAUUUAUCUUCGCAAAGUAAUUUUAAUGGAACACACAUGGCUAUCCAGCUUAAGAAUGGCUUGCAGCAGUUAUGUAUAUUAUAACUUCAUGUAGCUGUUGGGAUCCCUAAUGUAUUCCUCCCCGCUGAACUGUAACUGUUCCUGACAUGUAUGAAAUCCUAGGUUUCCAUGGCUUUUAAUGACUUCAUAGCAUUUGCCUGUAUUGUGAACAAAGAUUGCCUUUUGUUUGUCUCCAAAGUUUGCACUACAAUAAUAAGGCAGCAACUUAAGACAGUGCUGCUGCCUGUUCCCAUUUUCUAGCUUAACAGACAAAGGGCACAGAUGUUACUUCUACUGGUGAGGGGAAUAGAUGUCUCCUAACGUGGGUGGCACUGUGGGUUAAACCACAGAGCCUAGGACUUGCCAACCAGAAGGUCGGCGGUUCGAAUCCCCGCGACGGGGUGAGCUCCCGUUGCUCUGUCCCUGCUCCUGCCCACCUAGCAGUUUGAAAGCACGUCAAAGUGCAAGUAGAUAAAUAGGUGCCGCUCCGGUGGGAAGGUAAACGGCAUUUCCGUGCGCUGCUCUGGUUCGCCAGAAGCGGCUUAGUCAUGCUGGCCACAUGACCCAGAUGCAAACGCCAGCUCCCUCGGCCAAUAAAGCGAGAUGAGUUGGUCACGACUGGACCUAAUGGUCAGGGGUCCUUUUACCUUUACCUUUAACAACUCACAGCACAGUGAACAAACAUAUAUGGUGGUAUAAUACUACUUUAAAUGUAUAGUGCAGAUGUGGACCGAAAGGGCUAGAGCUGCCAUCUGAUUAAGGGACUCUUGGUUGAUCAAUUCAAUGUAAACCCCAAAAGGUGGCUCAUAAUAAAUAAAGAUUAAAUCUGCAUAUGUUUCAUUGCAUAUGAAACUAUGAGUAUUGUUAUAGGGGGCUCUCCGUUUAUCCACAUUUUGGAAGUCACAAUUGGGAGCAGAACCAAUAUUAUCUGUUCAGAACAAACCAGAAUUUUUGUUUAAUAUCUUGUGCAUUUUUUUAAAGAGGCUGCCAAGCCUCCAACUGAUUUAUAAUCCCAGGUUUCAUGUCUGGCAUUCUUUGUAGGGCAUAUGCUUUGAUAAUCAAAGGGUAGAUGUGCCCAGACCCUGGAUAUAAAUAGAUGGUCGCAAAGUGUUUGGCAGCUGUCACCAGUCGAGUGGUGGCAAGAAGGUGGAGCGCCACUUUGACAUUGGCUUAUGCUCAUUAAGCCUAUUCAGCAAAGUUUUGUGUUUCUUGGUUUUUUUUUAUUAUUUUUCUGUAACGGCAUGGUACUGGUUUUGGAAAAAGUAUAUGGAUUUUCAUCCAGCGCUCUGAUGCCAUGAGGACCUCUUUUCAGACCUAAUUGAAAGAGCGACAUAAAGUUUUAACCCUGGCUUCCUCACCCCUGACUCCCAUUCUAGACUGGUAGAUAAGCGCCAUCAGUUCAGUGAUUGGGAGUCAAAGGAGCUGUAUAGAAUUUGAGGUCUUCUCAACAGUGGGGAGGGCACAAUCUCUAGGGGAACAAUGCUGGAAGAGCUGGGGGGGGUUGCACACAAGUCACGGUUCGGAGCAUUACAAGGCUACUCUUUUGUAUUCUACCUGGAGCAUAAAGGGGAAGGAUUACAACCCCCUCACUGCAUUUGGGUCUCUGUGCUGUAACUCAAACUCUGAAUUGAAAGGGGCAGCCUUCCUAGUUUAUACACUGGUACCUCAGGUUAAGUACUUAAUUCGUUCCGGAGGUCCGUUCUUAACCUGAAACUAUUCUUACCUGAAGCACCACUUUAGCUAAUGGGGCCUCCUGCUGCCGCUGCGCCACCACCACACGAUUUCUGUUUUCAUCCUGAAGCAAAGUUCUUAACCUGAGGUACUAUUUCUGGGUUAGCGGAAUCUGUAACCUGAAGCGUAUGUAACCCAAGGUACCACUUUAUUGUAAUAUUGGAGCAUAGUAUGGGAAAUUCUAAAGGUUUAAGGCAGGCAUCCCCAAAUUCGGCCCUCCAGAUGCUUUGGGACUACAACUCCCAUCAUCCUUAUCUAACAGGACCAGUGGUCAGGGAUGAUGGGAAUUGUAGUCCCAAAACAUCUGGAGGGCCAAGUAUGGGGGUGCCUGGUUUAAGGCAAAUGUGAGAGGAAAAGGUAGGAGUAAAGACAGGGGCCCAACAGGUGGGACACCAUCUGGCAAAGCUCCCCACUUAAAGAGGGUAUCUGCAUGCCUUCUGGAAGCCUCCUUCAAAAUCAUCUUCUGUUGGUACUGGAUACUGAUACGGCUAGCUAAAAUAAACCACUGGCUGCCCCCUCUGUGCUGGAAAUGGUAUGGGAACCCUGGAUAAAAGAUGGAUGUAUAAUAUAUCGAUGCAUGAUGGGAAUGUAUUCUUUUACAAAAACUCUGGACCACUGUCUUCACGGUUAUUUCCGUUAUCACUAAACAAGUCAUGCAGCUUAAUCAAGCAUUAGUACUCCUUAGUACACUGGACCUUAGCUCAAGUUGUCUUCAGGGUCAUAAGGAAUUAAUGGGUUUUCUUCUGACUGCAGCCUGCCUGGUGAUAGCCCAGCAGUGGGGAAACCAGUCAGAAAUACCCAUGAAUCUGGGUUGGGAGUCUUCAGUACCUAGGGUUGUACGAGGAACUUCCAAAAGUGACAAGUCUGACAUGGUGUGACAUCCAUUUAUUACUUUUGUCAAUGAACAUGAAAGAGAUUUCCCAUUGCCCACUAUUCAAAAAGAUAUUUGGAGAGGUUAUCUAAAUAACUGAUUUGUCUAAAGCCGAAAUAAGGGCACCCGUGUAUUGUUUUGUUACAGCAAAUAUGUAAUGCAAGUUGUGAUACUGAACAACAAUUUAAUGUUUAUGUUUUGUGUAAAUUCAAUACACAAGAUGGAAGUGGGGGGAAAAGACUUCUUCAUACCUGACUCUGAAAGCAGGUCCCAAGGUAUACCCUCCCUGAACUCCCCUUAAAGCUUAGUUUCCAAUCCACCCAGCCACUCUACUGAUCCAAAAAUGAAAACUUUUCAUUAAUAUACCUUGUAGCGGACCCAACCACUUAAUGCCACCUGUAAAUAAUGCGGCCGAUCCACUCCCGCUAACCGCCCCCAAUUAAUAAUAGUGCACCCACCUCACGGUACACCAAUUACAUGGAUUUCUACAAUUUACCACAGAUUAUCCUAGUGGGGGACUUGUGUGAGGGAAAACUUAAUGAUUAGAGUCUCAGGCAGAAAAGAAUCAAAAGUUUUAUUGAACAAAAAGGGUUUAUGAAACAAAGUGGGUCAGGAAAUGCGUUUUUUCAGGUAGAAGUUAGCUGGUUUACUUUAACUCUAGGAUGUUUCAGGCUUAAACACAACACUACAGGCACAGCUCUUCUUCAACUUGUUACUAAAAAGCAGUUGUUGCACUUCAGGUGUAGAUGUUCAGGUUUCUGGAUUAGAUGGUAAAAUGCUCAACUCAGUUUCUGUUACUUAGAUAUUACAAUUAAAUACUUUCAACACCAUAUCACUUCCUUCACUGAUUAAUACCUUGGUUCAUGAGCAAGGGGAUCUUCUUCUCAAUAAUCUCUUAACAAUCUCACACCUGAGGUAUUCCAAAGGGCAUAACAAACCCAGGGGGUCCCCUCACCUCUUGUUACUGGGUUGGGAGUCUUCAGUACCUAGGAGAACUCUCCCCUCCUGGCUAUACUGACACCCAGGUAGCCUGAAUUCACCCGAGAUCUACCUCUCCCGGUUCAGUCACAGCCCUCCCAGGACAUUCCUCUCUGUAUACCUUUCCCAGGACCUCAACCCAGUCUCCCUAUCCAAGCUGAGAGGCUCUGUACUCUCGCUAUGGAUAGUCUCCACAGUGUGGAUGUUUAACUUAGCUCGGAAUCAGUUCUCCCCAUCUCACCACCUAUCUCCCAACCUGAAACCUGCCCAACAUCUCAAAUCAAAUCCUUUCCCUCUUCUAAAAUCCAGCCUUAUCUUCAAUCCAGCCCCAGCUAACCUUCUCCUUCAGAAACUGUACCUUUUAUUCUCCCCAUCACCACCACCCAAAGUUCUGUUCCUCCCCUCUCUGUGGCUAGCUGACUCUGCAGUCCAUGGGUAGGCAAACUAAGGCCCGGAGGCCGGAUCCGGCCCAAUCACCUUCUAAAUCCGGCCCACAGACGGUCCAGGAAUCAGCGUGGUUUUACAUGAGUAGAAUGCAUGCUUUUAUUUAAAAUGCAUCUCUGGGUUAUUUGUGGGGCAUAGGAAUUCGUUCACCCCCCAAAAAAAAAUAUAAUUCGGGCCCCCACAAGGUCUGAGGCACAGUGGACCGUCCCCCUGCUGAAGAAGUUUGCUGACCCCUGUAGUCCAUCAGAGAGAAGCUCCAGCUCUCUGGUGGAAUUUCAGGGGCGACUGCAUCACCAGACUCUGGUCUGGCUCUGCUGUCAGUCACACACCUGUAGCCCCUUCCACGUUUUCUCUCCCUGAAUAAAUUCCCCCCAAUCCCUCACAAACCUCAACUCUUGGUUGGGUUUAAACAUUCGCUUAAUUUUAACCAUUCUAUUUCUGUUUCUUAUAAUUACAAGAAUGGGUGUUGAUUAUCCUCCCUCCUUGUUUUUUCUUUUUCUUUUUUAAUUUGCUAAAUUUGUUCCUCCUGCUGUGAUUUUUUUUCUUACCACGACCCACAGGAAAACAUUUAAAGCUUCUGUCUCUGCCUCAUGGGAAGGUAAUUUAAGGUAUCUCUGGGUGUUUUGUAAGAUAGGCAGGUGCAAAAAUUCAAACGUUGCUCUAGAGUCUCUUGCAGAAAAUGGGGGCCUAAAGGAUAAGAGGAUGUGUCAAGUAGGGCCAGGCAAUAGAUCACCUAAAACCGGUUUGAAGUCCAUAUUGUGAUCCUGGUUUCAUAAUUUUUUGACCUGGCAAUAUAUUGCAAAGUGUGUGUGUGUGUGUGUGUGUGUGUGUGCAAAAAUCACGAUAUGGGAAAAACCAGGAGGCCAGCCAAUGCCUCUGCAUAGCUGCACCCUUAUUUCAGACAUUGUAAUAUAUCAGUAUAUUGCGAUGUUUAGCUGGUGAUAUAUCACAAUGUUGAAAAACAGAUACCACCUAGCCCUAGUGUCAAGUAACCCAGUACUGAGCUGUAUAUUGUCUUAUAAGUUAGUACUAAAACCUUGAACAUAGCCCAGUAGAAAACUGGCAGCAGGUGAAUGCUAAAGUCUAGGCAUGUGAGUCUCCAAGGCUGCUGCAAGAUGGUGGGGUUGGUGGUGGAGGAUGAAGAAUUACUUAACCUUUCCACUGCCUUACGCUUUUCCUGUACAUUGCGUCUCCAGCAGUGUUUUUCACUGGGAUGUUACAAACAUCCUGUCACUUGCUGGAGAAAGGUGGAAAGGGUUGUAGGGGACAUCCAAUGAAGCUGAAUUUUGGAAGGGUUGGGGGCAAAUAAAAGAAAGUACUCCUUCAUGCAAUGCAGUCACACGAUGGAACUCGCUCUCACAGGGAGGCAGUGAUCACCACCACUGGAUGGCUUUGAAAAAAGGAGGAGAGAGCCAUGAUAACUAUAUUCUGCAUCCACAGUUGGAGGAAGCAGUGCUUCUGAAUACCAGUUGCUGGAAACCACAGGAGGGGAGUUUGCUCUUGUGCUCAUGUUCUGUUUCCUGGUCUCCCACAGGCAUCCAGUUGACCACUGUGAGAACAGGAUGCUGGACUGGAUGGGCUAUUGACAUGAUCCAACAGGCUAGUCUUUAUGUACUUCUAUUAAAAGGCUGGUGAGGAAAGGGUCAUCAACCCCUCUUGCUUCUAUUGUGUGACUUUUCAGAUGCUGAGUGGUGACCCAGGUGGCGCUGUGGUCUAAACCACUGAGCCUCUUGGGCUUGCCGAUCAGAAGGUCGGCGGUUCGAAUCCCUGCGAUGGGGUGAGUUCCCGUUGCUCUGUCCCAGCUCCUGCCAAGAUAGCAGUUCAAAAGCACGCCAGUGCAAGUAGAUAAAUAGUACUGCUGUGCUGGGAAGGUAAAUGGCAUUUCCGUGUGCCCUGGUUACCGUCAUGGUGUUCCGUUGCACCAGAAAUGGUUUAGUCAUGCUGGCCACAUGAUCCAGAAAGCUGUCUGCGAACAAACCCCGACUCCCUUGGCCUGAAAGCGAGAUCAGCGCCGCACCCCAUAGGAUGGCAUAGGAUGCAACUCUGGCUCUGUGACACAAGCAUCUGCUUGCCUUACCGAAGGCAAAGUGACAUCCUGCUAAAUUUCUGGAGAGCAGCCAUGUCACUACGUUGGAGCGAAAAUGAGAUUCCUGUGGUGCCUUAAAAUAGGCUGCAACCAUGAACGCUAAUGCCACAAUAAAUUUGCUUGCCUUUUAAUGUGCCAAAGGACUCUUGAUAGGUUAAACUUCCUGCUUUCUCCCUGCCCUAAAGCAGCUUACAGAGGAGCAAAUUGGUAACUAGACAGAUAAAAUGCGACAGUAUUUGCUUACUUUUCCCAUGCUAAAACGCACAGAUAAUGGCAACUUCAGUUAUUAUUAGUUAACAUAUUUAAAAAUAAGCCAUGGAAUUAUUUGGCUGAUAUGGUUAUGCCAAGUGCCUAAAAGGCAAAUGAAGAAAAACCCCAAAGAGCAUUGCAUUGAAUGCAGUGACGUAAGUUGUGAUUGAAAUGUCUGAUUUAAAAAUCAGCCCAUCUUCUGUGUUCUCCAUCUGUAAGGGGUUGCUAGCUGCUAGUCUAAAUAAGGUUCUUCCCAUCUCUUUAGCAACUGAGGUUUCCUCCAGGGAGAAGCUUAUAGUUUCUUCUGCCACAGCGCUAGUAACAGGAGAGGUUUCAGCGGCUAACCUCCCGCUGUCAUGCUAAAAGUAAAAAGGAGCAGCCCCUAAAGGCCCAGGCAUUCACAACUGUCUUCUCAUUGAGAAUACUGAGAGAUAUUGGACCAGGUAAUAUCUGCAGGUGUUCUUGAAUUCUUCAUAUGAACCAAGGCAGCUGCCUUGUACUAAGUCAAGACCCAUCUAGUUCAGUAUUGUUUACUGCGACUGGCAGUGGCAAUCCAGCAUUUCGGAGAGGAGACAUUCUCACCCCUACCUGGAGAUUUUGGGGAUUGAUCCUGCAUGCAGAGCAGAUGCUUUUCCAGUGAGCCACGGCACCUUCCCUGGCACCCUGCGUCAAAGGCACGUAAAACUCCCACACAAGUAACUUUGCUGCCGUUUCUUUGACAUAAUUUGUAAUGCUGCAUUUCCUAUGACGUUAAGUGGAACGUAAAGGUAAAGGGUAAAGGGACCCCUGACCAUUAGGUCCAGUCGUGACCGACUCUGGAGUUGCGGCGCUCAUCUCGCUUUAUUGGCCGAGGGAGCUGGUGUACAGCUUCCGGGUCAUGUGGCCAGGGUGACUAAGCCGCUUCUGGCGAAACUAGAGCAGCGCACGGAAACGCCGUUUACCUUCCCGCCGGAGCGGUACCUAUUUAUCUACUUGCACUUUGACGUGCUUUUGAACUGCUAGGAUGGCAGGAGCAGGGACCGAGCAACGGGAGCUCAGCCCGUCGUGGGGAUUCGAACCGUUGACCUCCUGAUCAGCAAAUCCUAGGCUCUGUGGUUUAACCCACAGCACCACCCGAGUCCCUAAGUGGAACAUAGUCCUUGCUAAAUAUUUGACAGUAUAGAAAAAUAGGCAUAACGGAACAAAGACAGAAGGGAUAAGAGCCAUUGGAAUUUGGUGGAUUGAUUGAUUAACUUGUCAGUCAUUUUGUCUAGUCCAGGGCAACCCAAAGCAACUUACAACCAAACAGACAAUGUACCACCACAUAGAUACAUUAAAACCAAGAGGAAAGAGAAACACUUUUUAAAUAAAUUCAAAUUUUAAAAUACAUUCAAAUACAUAAAAAUACAUUUAUGUGUUGUUUAUGCUCACCCAAAGUUAUAAUGUACCAUGCAUAUAUUUGUAGUGGGAGGGAAAGAUGGGAUAAUUGGGGGGUUUUUUGGAAUCUAUAAAACUAUCUUAUGCCAGCACCUGUUGUUUCCCUACUCUAGCAAAGGAGAUGUGCAUGACGGGGUCCAGGGGGCAGCGUCCCAUUUUGUUACCUGAGGUGAAACAGGAAAGUGCUGCCCCACUUCUCCUGACCAAAGUCUACCCUCGCAGGGUGGUGUGGUGUUGCCCGCAAAGGGGUGAUGGCAGCGGCAGGUACUAGCGAGAUCUUGUGGCAGAAUUGGUAAGGGCCCUGCCUGAGGCAGCUGCCUUAACCCUGGUGGGGUCCCUAUAGGCAUCUGACUUGCCACUGUGAGAACACAACGCUGGACUAGAUGGCCCAUUGGCUUGAUCCUGCAGGCUCUUCUAUGAGUUUUAGUGUCCUACCAGUUUAUGAGGCCUAUGAAACCGGAAAACUAUAUGCAAAGGAGCUUUUAAACUAUUGGGAUGAGUAGGAUUGUCUAUGCACUGAACUUCCAUUCCUGGUAGAUAACAAGGCAAAAAAAGCUAAGCAAUCUGGUCAACAAUAGCUGCUCCAAUAUGCUUUAAGAGUUCCCUGAGCACUAAUGUAAUCUGUGAUGAAACUGGAGAACAGAAGAAGGAAGUGUAAAUCUAAUAAGCACCGUGCAGAAUAAUGACCUCAUUUAUCAAACGUAUUAAGCCCCUGAGUGGGUGCGAUAAAGGGAUUCUACUUUACUGUCCUCUGCAGUGUGGAUUUGCUAAUGACUGGAUCCUCUUGGAAUGCCAACCUACCCCGCUAGUUGCUGUCAAAGAGAUCUAUUGGUACCCUCUGUCGGCCAUGAAUAAAAACAUUAAUCUGCAUAUCCGUUUUGAUAGCCAAUAUGUAUGGUCCACAGUUGGGCAAUGCUUGUUAUUUGGACUAACCAAAAGGAAGUAAAGCAGUGAGAGCUCUUUACCAGUCUGGAUAUUAAGCAAAAACAGGCUAGAUUCUGGGCUUGGUGUUGAAGCCACCAAGUCUGCGUUUAGUCACUGUCUAAUGUUGGAGUGUAGGAGGAUGUUGCAGUGCUAAUUAGAUUAGGUUGCAUGAGGUUUCAGAACAAUGGGUAAUCUCUCCCUCAUCCCUCAUAUAAAAUCUAGCAGUUGUCUGGCUUCAUCUCACACACUGCUUCAGCUUUUCAUGGGUAGAGAUACCUGGUUUUAAAAAUGCAUUGUUUUAAAGUAAUGCUAAGGCAAAAAAAAGAGGAGUCGCAAUUGUUCAUCCUUUCUGCAAAGCAAAGGACAAGAAGCUGGUGUUGAAACAGCAGAGAAGUGAGGUCGUCAGGUUAAACAACUAGCAGUCCCUGGAUUCAUGGGGCAGUUCAGGGGCUGGCAAACUGGCAAAGCGAACAGUGAUGAAUCUUGCCUCCAGUGACAACGAACAAGUUGGGAUCAGAAAAAGUAUUGCUAUGACACUGCUAUGAUAAGAUUUAUAACACAAAUAUAACGGUAAAGAACCAAACAAUUUAAAUAUAAAAGACACAACACAUUUCAACCAAAAGGACUUCUUCAGUGUUCACUAAAGUUAGGGCUGCCAUAUGUCCGGAAAAUCCCAGACAUAGCCAGGAUUUGGCCUUCAGAAACAGUGUCCCAGGCAGAAAUCGCUUAAUGUCCAGGAAAAUCUGAACAUAUGGCAACCCAUGUCACAAGUUUAGAUUUUGAUGGAUUUCCUUAAAAAUAAGGGCAGCGUAAUAGGUUUUAAAGAUAUUUCAGCUGACAUUUUCCCAGAUCAAGAGAUAAGCUCUAUUUUAAUUGCAUGAAAGACUUGCAAAUUCUGGGUGCGAUGGUGAUGUGGCCCCAUAUUCCCAGGUUUGAUGAACUUUUUUACAUGUCAAAAAGCGUUGGGUGGGUGUGCUACGCGCUCUGUGUUUUGCAGGCAUUCCUGGACUAAUUUAGCUCCUUUUCUCUCCCGUCAAUGUUCUCUUGCUAUGUCUCAUUUUUUGCAACAAGAAUGGAGCUCCUUUGUUCAGCAUAUGAUUGGCAGGACUGCGUCUUCCUCCAUUCAGGUUCAAGCUGGGUCCCCAGUAGUUUGCCUUAAUUGCCGCUUAGCGUGAAUCACAGAGACUUAUCAGUGUCUGCUUCCUGUGCAGUAUAUUCCUCUUUUAAAUCCCAGCUGCUGCAAAAGGAAACUAUUUCAAAUGUGCUUCUUAACAAACGUGAACUGGCGUGCAUCCCAGGUCUUCUCCAUCUUUGCCUGUAGGAGAAGGAGAGAGUAUAAGAUCUUCCUUUCCUGUCCACCUGCCUCCCUGCCUGCCUGGCCCAACUGCUGCAUUGGUCUCUUCCCUUCUCACUAGCACCGGAUCCAGCCUUUGCUGAGGUUGAUUGUGUUUGCCAGUGCUCCCCCACUUCCCAAGUGUGCUUACACAGCAGUGUCACUCUUGGGCAGCCUACAUCAGUACCUCAGAGCAGUCUCUCUCUGGGCAUUGUGGGAAUUUUUUAAAGUGAUGGCUGGUGGCAGUGGGCUUUGCUGGGAAGUGUGAGCCCAGGCAACUGCCUAAAGAUAUUGAAUCCCUUCCCUCCAUCAGUGGCCUGCCACUCAGCAAGAGAGGAAAACAAAGUGAGGGCCCUUCCACUGGCUUCAUUUGGCCCACCUGUGUUUUAAUGUUUCUGUUGUGCCCACCUUGGGCACCACCCAGCGUUCUUUUCCCGCCACUGGACAGGUGAGUUUUAAUGCUGUGAAACAGGGGAAUCCAGUGCAGCAAGUACUCUAGCAGAAACUCACUGCAGAACAAAUUGCAACCUCUGCUACCAGCAACCUGCUCUUGCAUUCUCUUGCACAACCAUGCCAGCAGAACAAGUACUGUAUAGCACAAAGCAACUUUAACUUAGCGCUACGUUGGAUGCAAGCCUUUGACCUGUUUUUCCUUUUGAAAAGAGAAAAUAGAAUGUAGCACCUAAGAGCUUAAAUGUCACCUCUACCAUGAACUUACUUUGCGGCCUUAGGCGAAUCACACGGCUCACAGCCUCAGUCCCCAACCCCUACCUGCAACAUGAGGAAUAGUAACGACUUAAUGUAUGGGGUUGUAUGUAGGGGUUACAACUAGGUAGUGUCAGAGCCACCAGACUCUUGAGUUGUUGUUUUUUUAAAUAAGUUGUCUCCUUUGUAGACUGAAAGUUAUGAAGUGCCCUAGCCCUGACUACUGUUACGGCUUUUCAUAACACCAUCUUAAUUAAGGUGCCGGUAUUAAGUCCAGUUCUUGCUCUUCUGGUCUGAACUUGCUGUUAAAGCAACCUUUUGACUGUUUGGAAGAUUUUGACUUGUAGGUUCACUGAACUCAGGAGUGGAAGAGCAAUCCUCUGCAGUUGAAUUUUGUUUUCAAAUCUAAUAAUGGAUAUGAAUAUAUUUUAUCUGUUCUUUUUUUUAAAAAAAAAAGAUUGAUUCAAGACAAUAAACGAAAGGAGAACCAUAAAUCUAUACAAGUCAAAUCAGUAUAGUAUGCAGCUGAAGCCCAUGUACCAAUAUGCUUAUUGUUGUUAUUCAUCGGAAUAUUUCUUUUGCACAGCAAGCUUUUUGGCAAGUUACUGUAUCUCCUAUAAUAUGUAAUCCUGAUAUUUUUUUCUGAAUUGUGUACCUCUUUUGUUUUGUGUUUCCACCCCCCCCUCCAGGUGAUUAUAAAUAGCACAAUCACACCUAAUAUGACCUUCACAAAAACAUCACAGAAAUUUGGCCAGUGGGCUGAUAGCCGAGCAAACACUGUGUUUGGCCUGGGGUUUUCUUCUGAACAGCAGCUAACAAAGGUAACUUGAGUUUGAAUUACUUUUUCACUUGUUGUUGCUUUUGUAAAAUCUCCUGCAAUCUCAAUGAAUUAAAAGGAGGAACAUAUAGAUCUUGUGGUAGUCUCUCUCUCUCUCUCUCUCUCUCUCUCUCUCUCUCUCUGUGUGUGUGUGUGUGUGUGAGAGAGAGAGAGAGAGAGAGAGAAACUGGAUUUCUUCCACUUUGUCUUAAUUAAUAGCAACUUGGCUCUUUGCAAGCGAUUAAUCUCCUGUAAUCAAUGAGUGGGCCAGAGUUUGUGGGAGGUGUUAACGUUCAAGCUAGAAAUUUUCUGAGUGUGUUUGAUCAUAUGGUUUUCUAUGCCUAGUUUUCUGUGCCUGCCUUGAAGCCAAACUAGGUGUUAGGCUAAAUGCAAAGGCAUUGCUCAACAGAACAGCUGUGUGUUCUGCUCAUCACUUCAACACGACAUCCCAUCUAAGAACGUAAGAACAGUCUGCUGGAUCUAGCCUUUGGCCAGUGGAGGUACAGUCUUGCUCAUACAGCCAUUAAUACUGCAGCUGCACUAUACAUUUAAAGCGGUAUCAUAUCCCUUUAACAGCCAUGGCUUGCUCCAAAGUAUCCUGGAAAGUGUAGUUUCUUUAGGGAUGCUGAGAGUUGUUCCCCUUACAGAUCUACAAUUCCCAGAAUGGUUUUACGAUCUUCCCAGAGAACUCUGGAAACUAGCUCUGGGAGGCAGAAAAGAGUUCUCCUAACAACCAUAAAUGCCUUUAAAAAACUACACUUCCCAGGAGUUGGGGGGGAGCCAUAGCUGUUUAUGAUGCUGCUUUAAAUGUAUGGUGCAGAUGGGGCUGUGUUCUUGAUACAAUAAUAGUGCAGUAGUUGUGGAUUGAGGGGUCUCGUAACAACUCUCAGCAUACCUUACAAGCCACACUUCCAGGAUACUUUGGAGGAAGCCGUGACGGUCAAAAGUUUUCAGAUACUGCUUUAAAUGUAUAACACAGAUGGAGCCUAGGUACCAGUAGAUCCAGGCGAAUUGGAUGUCGUAGAAAUGAUUUAUUACUUUGGGAGUCUUCCUAUUAGAGACCCUUUUAAACUAGCAAUAGUAGCUUGGUGAUAAAUAGCCCAAUGGUGUACACAAUGUGCACUCUAUUUGUUGAGCUGGUGCUCUUGUCAAAGAAUCAGAAUAAUUUUUCCCAGGCUAGAAAUGAGUCACUUAUCAGGACAGAUAGUUGACAUUUUAAAAAAAGAACUACUCACCAUUAGUGUCUCCGGAUCGUAUUAGUUCACUAAACGUGAUGCCCUUGAACAUUCCACAACUUCCUCAUUAAUCUUGUCCUCCAUAGCCUUGAAGGCUAUAGGCCAUCAGAUGUUCGAUUAGAGGCCAUGUUAACAGAAGUCCCGCUGCUGCCUCAAACAGCGAAAAGUGGUGGCUGUGUUUGUCAGCCGGAUGAAAACAUGGUCAGACUCCUCAUACUUCUGGACUUUUUCGGGAGGAAGAGCCACAGUCCUUUUUUUGUGACAAAUAUGCAUCGGGACAGAGUUCCAGCACUUCCUUUGUUGCUGCCUAUGGCAGCCAUUUUUGGCGACUGAGUAUUUGAUUUUUGAUUUUUAUUGUUAUUCAUGUUUUUAUACUGUAUUUUAUGCUGCUUUUAUAAUUAAGUGUUUUAAAGUGUUUUAAAUUUGUUGUUAGCCGCCCUGAGCCCGGUUUUUGAACUAGGAAGGGCAGAGUAUAAAUAAAAACUUAUUUUUAUUAUUGUUAAGUUGUGGGUGAACAUAUCAGCCGACACAGCGAUUCUUUAAACAGCUCAUGUUUAUUCACAGGCCAGGACAGAACAGAACUGAAGGGUUCAGUCAGCCUGCUUAUACAGAGCUCCAGUACAACAUAAUUGUAACAACUUUCUAAAACUAUCCAAUCACUGAACGUCACUUUCGAUCCCUUAUUUGCAUAACUAUCUACAGUAUCUCCCUGCUGGUCCAGGGUGAGAACUUCAGUACAUAACAAUUAUUAUUCCAUAGCAGUGUCCACGUGCGGCUCACCUUUAGGCUGGACCACCUACAACAAGAGAAUAUAUACAGGGCGGGAAAAGGGGCAAUCCAACAAUAAUGGCUCCACUUCGACAAGAAGCUGAGCUUCGGACUCCACUCACCCUUUAAAGGGGAGAGGUGGUCCCAGUUGCAGCCAGGCCUCUGCCCUCACUUGGCCUCUUGACCCAUCUGCAGUUGGCGAGUCCUGGCCAGUUUUCCACGAGACUGACAAGCGUCUGGAUGGGGGAGACCUUUUGCCUCCUUUCGACCACAUGGGAGGACCCCACUCCAUCCCCAAGACAUCUGGCUUGCUGUGCCAGGCAGAAAAGGGUAAUACGGAUUGAGUAUACAGUGGUACCUUGGUUUACGAACUUAAUCCAUUCCGGAAGUCCGUCCUUAAACCAAAGCAUUCUUAAACCAAGGCGUGCUUUCCCAUAGCAGUGGGGGGCUCAAUUUACAAAUGGAACACACUCAACAGGAAGCAGAACAUGUUCUGCUUCCAAGGCAAAGUUCACAAACCAAAACACCUUCUGGGUUUGCAGCAUUCUUAAUCCAAGUUGUUCAUAAACUAAGCUGUUCUUAAACCAGGGUACCACUGUAUAAUGCCAAUCCUGGACUGGGCUGCCGUGGCUGCCAAUUAGUUUCUGGGCCCAAUUCAAAGUGCUGGUUCUGACCUAUAAAGCCUUAAAUGGCUCAGGGCUGCAAUACCUCAAGGAAUGCUUGUCCUCUUAUGAACUGGCCCGGACCCUGCAAUAUUAUUAUUAUUAUUAUUAUUAUUAUUAUUAUGCAGCCACUCUGGGCAAUUUCCCACAAAUUAAAACACAGUAAGACAUCAAACAUUAAAAAACUUCUCCAUACUGGACGGCCUUCAGAUGUCUUCUACAACUCAGAUAGUUUAUUUCCUUGACAUCUGAUGGGAGGGCGUUCCACAGGGCGGGCGCCACUACCGAGAAGGCCCUCUGUCUGGUUCCCUGUCGCCUCACUUCUCGCAGUGAAGGAACCACCAGAAGGCCCUCGGAGCUGGACCUCAGUGUCUGGGCUGAAUGAUGGGGGUGGAGACACUCCUUCAGGUAUAUAUGGCCAAAGCCGUUUAGGACUUUAAAAUCAUCACUGGAGGCAAUUCUUCGUGUACCACCUCCACGAGAGGUCCGGAGGUCGGCAACACGAGAAUGGGCCUUUUUCUGCUGUGGCCCCCCGCUUGUGGAAUGCUCUCUCCGGCAAGGCUCCCCUGCCGCCUUUGUUACAUAUCUUUAGGCGCUAGGCAAAAACAGGCUAAUUAAACCAUCUAUGGACUUUUAAUCUCUCUGUGUGGGGUUGCUAUUGUUUUUAUUUGCUAUUAUGGUAUGUAUUUUUGUUUUGUUUUUUUAAUAUUGUAACCCGCCCUGUGAUAUUUGGAUGAACAGUGGUACGGAAAAUAAAUAAAUACAGUUUCGUUGUUGCGUAAUUUAGCUACUUCUGACAGAUCCUCAGCAUAGUCUGCUACAGUUGUGGGCAUCUUCCUAAGAAUCGAUGCAGUGUCCUUCAGUUUGCCACCUGUCAAAGAACCUUGGGGAAAAUAACCAUUGUUCACAGGAAACUUUGCUGCGGGUGCAUGGAGCAUGCUUCGAAUCUGGUUCGGUCUGAAAUGUAGCAUUCUUUCCAUCUAUAUUUUCAAUAAGUGGUUGUUCCAGUUCUUGCGAUCUGCAAUAAUUUUGUAAUUGUCUUGAGAGCAGAGCUGUAUUUUCCCCCCAAAGCAUUUGAUCUAAAUAUUAGGCACUUAACUACCCACCCACCCACCUGUGUUCAGCAGUUUUCUUCCUUUGAUAUUAACAAUGUAGAUAAAGCAACCUUGGGGUCCCCUCACCACACCCCUGCUUCUAUAACUGAAACUAAAUCAGGCUGGGAACUAGUUCUUCCAAAUGGAUCCUUUGUACUUUCCCAAGUAUGUCUGCACCAUUCUGGAUUGUUGCUUUUCGUUUGGGGUUCCUGGGGUGCCCUGCAGCACAAUCCUAUACGUGUCUAUUCAAAAUUGGGUCCCACUCAGUUCAGUGGGGCUUACUCCAAGGAAACUCUUUCUCCUCAAGUACCCUGAACAGUUCUGCAAGAAGGUCAAUGAUGAACAUCCAUGUGAAGAAAUCCAAAAGACAAAAUCAAGUAAAGACUAUGGGUUGGAUCUACUCCUGGGUAGUUCCACUUGGAUCCCUAAUGGGACCCAAGUUAUGAUGAUUAAGUACACUGAGUUCAAUGGGACUUAAUUUCAACUGGCUUAGUCUGGAGGGUCUAGCCUAAUACUGCUUUCUCUGCAAGUGUGUCACAGAACCUAAAGAAGCCCAGAUUGAAGGCCAAGCCACUCAAGGACCUAGUUCACACGUCACAACAAACCAUAUUUAAUGGUUUACCAUGCAUGCACCUGUCUCACUGCUUUGCACUAAUGUGUGGAAGAAAGAAACCCUGGUCCCCAGCUUAGUGUUACACCCAAACCAGGGAUCAUGGUUUAUUUCAUUCAAACAAACUAGAGCAAACCUUGGCUGCAGACCAUGGUUUGUUUUGUUGCUGGACAGACUGGGAUCCCCAGUUUGAACAUAGCGCUAAGCCAGGCAUAAUGCUUUCAUUCCUCCAGGCAGGAGUAGGGAAGAGCAAAGGUGAGAAGAUCAGAGCAUUGACCAUAAACCAUUAAUUGUGGCUUAUGAAUGGGGCAAAUGUUGUUUCUUUUUCUACUGUAUUUUAGGGCUAUGUAAAUUGGACACGGGUGGCGCUGUGGUCUAAACCACAGAGCCUAGGGCUUGCCAAUCAGAAGGUCGGCGGUUCAAAUCCCCGCAAUGGGGUGAGCUCCUGUUGUUCAGUCCCAACUCCUGCCAACCUAGCAGUUUGAAAGCACGUCAAGUGCAAGUAGAUAAAUAGGUACCACUGCGGUGGGAAGGUAAACGGCGUUUCCGUGCGCUGCUCUGGUUCGCCAGAAGCAGCUUAGUCAUGCUGGCCACAUGACCCGGAAGCUGUCUGCGGACAAACACUGGCUCCCUUGGCCUAUAGAGCGAGAUGAGCGCCACAACCCCAGAGUCGUCCGCGACUGGACCUAAUGGUCAGGGGUACCUUUACCUUUAAAUUGGCAGAGUGAGAGACUAAACAGUCAGCUGUGAACCUCCCAGUCUUUUCCCAGGUUCCAAAGAAUAGUCCUUUGCUCAGUUCGUUCUCUGUUCCCCUUGGACUAAGCUUACCAUAUGGGUACCUUGCAGCUCACAUUCUUUCAAUCCUCUGCAUUUCCCUUUCUGAAAUUCCCUGAAAGAUUCCCCAUGCCACCUCCAUAAGAAAAUAGGCACAAAGCAGAAUUCUAGAGCAAAUGCAUGCACAGACAUAAUGCACCUUCUCUGCUUCCAUUAAAUUAUUUUGACUUGCUCAGGAGAAGUGGUCUUUGUUCUGUAAUUAAAAAUCUAUAAGGAAAGGAUGCAUUACAGGCUGCCUUGAACCCAGGUCCGAACCCAACAUUCUGCUAUGCCACGCUGGUUCUUAGGCCACACUGUAGAUUUUCAGCACUAUUCUAGUACUUUAUCAAGCAUGGGUUCCUAUGAAGAAUCCUGGGAACUGUAGUUUAAGUGUGCUGAGAGUUGUUAGUAGAACCCUAUUCCCCUUGUAGAGCUACAGUUCCCAGAAUUCUCUGGGAAGAGGUGCUCUUGUUAAACCACUCUGAAAAUUGCAGCUCUGCCAGGGGAACCGGGGUUUCCUAACAACUCUCAGCACCCUUAAACUACGGUUCCCAGGAUUCUUUGCAGGAAACCACAGCUGUUUAAGUUGUUAUGCUGCUUUAAAUGUAUAUAGUGCAGAUAUGGCUGUACUCCCAGCACUGCUGAUGGGAAAACGUCCAUCGCCACCACUCCCAGCUUUGGAGCUGUAGGGCAGGCUGUGUGGUAUGUGCAGUUCAAUCCUCCCAGUACUUCCUCUCCUUUUUUUUUUUUUAUAAAAAAUGAUAUUUAUUAAAAUUUCAAAGAAUACAAGAAUUACACAAAAACAAAAAGUAAAAAUACAAGAAAAUACAAAAUACAGCAAGAAAAAUAAAAAAAACCCCUUAUUAAGAUAUAACAAAGAAAUGAAAAAUAAAAAGAAACAUACAAAAUAAAAACAGUUAAGAACACAUUAAUUUUCCGUAGCAUAUCUUCCUUAAACUUAUUUCCCCGGACCUCCUCGUACCUCCCUUUUUUGUAUUCCAGUUCAGUUUGUUAGUUCAGCAAAUCCUUACCAUUAAGCUUUUACCCAUUUGUAAACCUUUUUUCGUAUCUCUUAAAGCAUUACAGCUGGAAACCACUUAGUUUCUAUCCAACAUCCUUCUAAGAUUCAUUAAUUUUACAAUAUUUCUGUAAAUAGUCUUUAAAUUUCUUCCAGUCUUCCUCUCCACUCCCUGCCCCUUAGCACCUGCCAUCUGAAGCAGCUGCUUCAUUUGGCCUAAUGAUAGGGUUGGCCGUGUCAGCGCUCCUGCAAGAGUCUGAAGCUGCCCUGGAAACAUAUAUGGCCAAAGGGGAGGGAGUCAUAGCUCAGGGACAGAGCACAUGCUUAUCAUGCCGAAAAUGCUUUGUAUGUUCAGUCUCACGUAUCUCAAGCUGUCAGGGCAUGCGCAGAAGUGAUUUCCGAUAUCUGUGUGUACAGAUGUGAUUUCCAGUGCCGCUCAGCGAGUCCCCGCGCUGUGCUGGUUUAGCAUAGUGCAGAGGGGACUCACCAAGUGGGCGGCUCGGUUUGGGGGUGGCUCAUGGGCCGGUAAAACGGUCUUCAUGGGCCGGAUCCAGCCCAUGGGCCACACGUUGCUGACCCCUGUCCUAGAGUAACUGUGAAAUAACUUCAAAAAGUAGGUAGUGUAAUAACUGUAGUGAUGGUGUAAUAGCAUCAGAAAUUUGUGAUAAACAUUUAGGGAUGAUGUGCUCUGCUCUUAUCAGAAUUGUUUAUAUUGCUCCACACCGUACAUUUAAAUAGCAUUCAGAGUGCAUGGUUUUCCCCAAAUAAUCAUGGGAACUAUAGCUUGCAACCGUGCUGGGAGUUGUAGCUCUGUGAGGGGUAAACUACAGUUCCUACGAUUCUUUGGGGGAAGUCGUGACCAUUAAGGUGGUAAAAAGGUGUUUUAAAUACAUGGUGUAGAUGUAACUUAAAGAGAUGCCCCACAAUGCACAAAUAACAAACUUUUGUCAAUGUGGAUUGCUGUGAAUUAAUUAAAGCAGCAAUUUCCAGAUUUAUUUAUUUUUAAACAGAGAGAAGCCCACCACUGUUGAUCCCUCCAGCUUAGUCAGAAAUUAUUCUUCUGACUGAGCCUUAGUUUACCAUCUGGGAAGAAGUAAAUUACAGUAGUAAUGACAUGCUGGUCCACAGGAAUGAGAAGGAGGAUGCGGCAAUAACUGUUAAUUGGACUUCAGUGUCAUUUAUGAAUGUGCCUGCAUGGGAUUGCAAUGAAGUUCAAAGGUUUUGCAAACAGUUUUUGAUAUAGGCUCAUCUUCUUAAAGCUGUAGCUUUCCCUGCUGGCUUGCAUCAUUAAAUCCCACACAAAGCAAGAAUCAUAAAAAUUUCAUGCAGGCUAAAUGUCAAAAUCUGUGGAAGACUUAUUAUGCAAGAUGGAAACAUGUGAUUCUGUCUGGUCUUGCAUUUUUAAAAGGGGGUGGAUUCCUUAUCCAGAUCAGGAUUCUGAGACCCUAAGCAUUGCAGGGAUAAUAUUAUCUUAUUUUAUUUAAUGAGAAUUGUGCAACCUUAAGGUAAGUUGUACAAUAGGGCAUGCAUUAGUUAGGCUUGUUGGAUUACAAUGGGAUGACAAUAAUGAAAUAAUGGAUCUGUAUUCUUGUUGCUCCCUAAACCCAGCAAUAAAUUUUCAACAUUUAACAGCCUCACAUCCAUUAUUUUUAUGAUGUCUGAGGCCAGAGGUUACUGUAAGGCUGACAGCCAAAUUACAUUCAUGGUCAGUUGCAAGAAUUUAUUAAGGCGCUUUCCUCACAUACACACAUACCUCAAAUGUGCUCUCAAAUGAUUAUUUGUCAUUACCUGUCACUCCUGCCUCCGCCUCAAACCAUCACAGACAUUUCUCUUUCAUUAAAUUGACGUUUCAAGAUCAGAAUUGGGAGUGGACACCACACCCAAGGGUAGGAGCAGGAAAUUCCCCUUCUAUUCCCUAUCUUAUUUGAACCUUUAAUUUUCCCCUUGUCGGAUUGGAUGGGUGGUGGUCUUUAGAUCAGGGAGAGUAUGAAGCACAGCUUCCCACAGCACUGUUGCAUCAAUCAAAUGUGGACACCCCUCCAACCUGUUAAGAUGUAUAACUUGCUGCUGAAAUGGAAUACUCAGGAUGAAACGGUGAAAUCUGCUAUGAUUAAAUGGGCACAAGACAUUGGACAUAACAUAAUGAUGGCUGACUGGGAACAGUUGUGGACCACAGGUAUGAAGUUUACGGCAUGUAAUGCCUUAAGAGAGAAUAUUAUGAAAAUGAUAUACAGGUGGUACAUAACCCCAGUCAAGCUUGCAAAAAUCUACCAUUUGCCCGAUAAUAAAUGUUGGAAAUGCAAAGAAACUGAAGGUACAUUCUUUCACCUUUGGUGGACGUGCCCAAGGAUUAAGGUUUUCUGGGAGAUGAUUUAUAAUGAAUUAAAAAAGGUAUUUAAAUAUACCUUCUUGAAGAAACCAGAGGCCUUUCUCCUGGGCAUAGUCGGCCAAUCGGUAUUAAAGAAGGACAGAACUUUCUUUAUGUAUGCUACAACAGCAGCAAGAAUACUUACUGAAAAGCAUUGGAAGACACAAGAUCUACCCACACUGGAGGAAUGGCAGAUGAAAAUGAUGGACUACAUGGAAUUGGCGGAAAUGACUGGCAGAAUCCGAGACCAGGGAGAAGAGUCGGUGGAAGAAGAUUGGAAGAAAUUUAAAGACUACUUACAGAAAUAUUGUAAAAUUAAUGAAUGUUAGAAUGAUGUUGGAUUGAAGUUAAGUGGUUUCUAGCUGUAAUGGUAUAAAAGAAUAUGGAAAAAUUGGUUUUCAAUAUGUAAAAACUUAAUGCUAUAAUAUAUUAAGAUUAAAGAUCAGGAUUAAAAGGAGGGAAAGGAAUUGCUGGACUAACAAAUUGAAUUGGAAUACAAAAAAGGGAGGUAUGAGGAGGUCCGGGAAACAAGUAAAUGUAAGAGAAGUGAUGAAAAGUUGGAAUUGUUUUUAACUGUUUUUUCUUUUUUGUACUUUGUAUUUUUCUUUUUUCUAUUGUAAAUUUUUUUAUCAAUGUAAUCUUUUUCUUUUGAAAUUUUAAUAAAUAUCAUUUUUAAAAAAAGAGAAAGGGAGGGAAGGACAGUUCUAAAUUAGGUUGCAUUGCAUGUAUGGAGAGUUUUAGACUCAGUUUUAAGACAGUGUUUUUAAAUUGACGGUGUUUUAAUGAUGCAGUACAUUACUCUGAGCUCCCUGCUGGACACAAGGAUGGUAUAGGAAACAAAUAAAUAGAUAUAUAGAUAUAUUAUCUUGCAUCCUGUGUGAUUUGACUCUAAUUUUGACCUUCUAUAAAUCAGAAUUAGCCAAGUUUGCAGCUAAUCUGUGAGGAAAGGAGAUCUGCCAGUGUGCAGUGUUACACAACUGGAGCUCUGAUUCAGGCUCUCAGCAUCCAGAUGUUAAUUGUGUGCUUUCUGCAAUCGUCUCCGGGCCACAUUUAAAUGUUAUCUUAAUUAUGCAGCUUGCAGCUAUAUAUCUUUUUGCGUACCCUUUGUUGUUGCUGCUGAAUUUUUUUCCUUUCUCCUUUUUUAUAACUUAAUUCAUUUGUAACUGAAUACCAAUAAAAUGCAAAUUAAAUAUAUAUUAACAGCCAUAGGAGAGCCUGAUUUUUACUGGCCUGAGGUUCUCCACCAGCACCUCAUUGUAUAGAAACAAAACUAGAACCCCUCCACCUCAAUUUCUGAUUCUUUUGGAUGCCCCCAGAGGAAUACUUUAAAGCUCACUUUUCUCUAUGCCAGGGACGUCCAGCAGGUAGAUAAUGAUCUACUGGUGGAUCAUGGGGGGUAUGUUGUAGAUUUUGGUAGAUCGCGGAAACCCCACCCCCAUCCCAAAUAUAUAUAUUUUUAAAUAAAAGCUCAACAACUUUGGUAGAUCACUGCCAGUUAUUUUAUAGUGGAGUAGAUCUCAGUCUCUUGAAAGUUGGACACGCCUGCUCUAUGGACCUUCAUAAUUCAUUCAGGCUAAUUUAAAAUCAGUUAGAGUAAGCUGUUAUUUGCGGCUGUCCUAAUGUAACACUUUGCUUAUGUGUUUAUGUUCAGUUUGCCGAGAAAUUUCAAGAGGUGAAAGAAGCUGCCAGACUGGCAAGAGACCGGUCUCAAGAAAAAACAGAGACUUCUAGCAAUCAUUCCCAAGUAAGUGAUUUAUCUGAAUGUGGAAUAUGGGAACGUGGUCUCGUUGAUUUGAAAAUGGAUUUUGUGAAAGAGAAGAGCAGUUGAAAAUGCUACCCAGGGUCAGCUUCAGGUGAGCGUUAGCAAAGAAAUAAAGUAUUUUAACAGCAGCAACAAAAAUGAUUCUUGGCGAUUGCUUUUGGUGGAUCUGCUUACUUGCUUGAGACCUAAUGGCCCAGGCUGAUGGCAGAUGCCACAUACAACAGAUGAGCUGAGAAAGCUGUUCCUGGACUGUACGACUUCUGACCUUAGGUAAAGGGAGUCACAUGUUUGGCACGUUAUCCUUAAAAAAGGCAUCUCCAGAGCUCCCUUCAUUUGCACUCAUAGCAGGGAGAAUUCAGAGAUGCGGGAUCUUUUUUUCUGUUUUGCUAGAAUGUCAAGGUCUGCAAGCGAGAGCCAGUCACAAAAUGGUGAAGCCAGUUUUACCUGCACACUGGAAUGCAUACAAAUCUACCUGUAAGUUUCCAGGCAUCAGUGCUUCUAACACUCCAAAACUGGCCCACAUCGCUGAAUGAAGACAUAUGGCAGCCAAUUAGUACUCUCAUUUGACAAGCAAGGGACACGGAUGUUAAGAGAGAAGCAAUUAAGACCAGCCAUGACAGAGAUUUUUUUUUAUUUGAAUUUUUACUUUAACUUGUUAAAGCAUUGGUAGGCAGAGACAACUGGAAAUCUACUGCAAAUCACUUAGAAAUCUACCAGUAGAUCUGAAUCUACCUUCGGCCUGCCCCUGAGAUAGAAAUUUUUGCAUCUUAAGGAGAAGAGUUUGGGCCUAGCCAUCUCCCAGCCUGGCUUGAAAAUCUUUGCGUACGGGGAAUUUUCCAAUAGCAUUCAAAGCUGAGGUGAUACAGUCCAGGAACAAUUUUGCCAAGUGAUCCGAUUGCGUUGACUCGCCCUCUGAAAUACAAUGACCAUCCUUUCUUGCAGAAGGUGUUCCCUCUGGGUCGUUUGGAAGAUGGUGGGGGCGCCUGCGGGGGUUCUGCGUUGUAGCACGUUGAGAAGCAGCAGGCCUUUAUCGUAACAAUUUUUUUGGUUUGCGGAAUGCCUUGUGCAGGAAUCAGGCCGCGAAACUCCGUGUUCUACUCGGGCGUCCAGCGUCAAUGGGACGGACGAUGAGAAGGCAUCGCAUGGUGGUCCCUCAGAUGCACAACUGAAAACAGAGAAUGACAAACUGAAACUUGCCUUAGCCCAGAGGUGAAGCUGCUUUCAUGACUACAUUAUUGUUGGCUAUUUGUUGGUCACUGCGUCCCCAGGCCAAAAGAAGUGCCCAUGCUCUUUAGUGGGAGAGUACUGUAUUUUUUGUUCUAUAAGACUCACUUUUUCCCUCCUAAAAAGUAAGGGGAAAUGUGUGUGCGUCUUAUGGAGCGAAUGCAGGCUGCGCAGCUAUCCCAGAAGCCAGAACAGCAAGAGGGAUUGCUGCUUUCAUUGCGUAGCGAUCCCUCUUGCUGUUCUGGCUUCUGAGAUUCAGAAUAUUUUUUUUCUUGUUUUCCUCCUCCAAAAACUAGGUGUGUCUUGUGGUCUGGUGCGUCUUAUAGAGCGAAAAAUAUGGUACUUCUUUUGUACUAACAGUGGGGGCUGGGCUAUUAGGACGGAUGGAGCACUCCCCAAACAACCUCAGUCUGCCCUCAGCCAAUCACUGCCUACUUACAGUCAGGGAAGUGGCUGCGCUCUGGCUCCCCCUACUGUUGGUCCUCCCUGCUUUCCACCCUGUCUGUCCCAAUUAGCACCAACGGCCACUUCUUGGGGCAGAUCCACACCACAUUUAAAGCACAACACCCCCCCCCCGAAUCAUGGGAACUGUAGUUUCCCCUAACAGAACUACAAUUCCCAACACCCUCAACAACACAGAGUUCCCAAGUUUCUUUGUGGGAAGUCAUUUGCUUUAAAUGCAUGGUUAGAUAGCAAGCAGGAGUUGAGAGCUAACUUUAUCCUAUGGGGGUUGGGGGGCUCUGAUUUGACUUUGAAACUCCCUGCUGAGAUAACUCGUCUAGUUCUCUUGUUGAUAUUCUUCUGCCAGGAGGCAAAAAACCUCUUUAUUUAAACAGGUGUUUGGCCCACCAAGCUGAUUGUUUUUUUCCUGCUUCGCUGUGUUUUAAUCCAUUUUUAAUUUAAUUAUGUUUUUAACAGGCUGCUCUUUUAAAUCUGAUACAGCUUGCUUUUUUAUAUGGUUUUCAUUAUGAAAUUUUCUAUUUCUUAAGUGGAUUGGUCAUUUUCUGAUCUGGACACCAGUAACUGUGACAUGUUAUAAACUUAGCUCUGCAAUUCACAUAAUACAAGCAUGUCUUACAAACAUGUUGGGAUAAAGUCAUGCCACAUUAUUACUGCGGUAGCAGCACUGUAUUAAUAUAGGUAUCAGGGUAAGUGUCCAAGCCCUCUAAGCAUAGCAAUUACCCAAGGUAUAAACCUGACAGGGAGUGUUUUUUGGAGGAACCAUAUAAAAAACCAAAUUCACAGUAAAGUGAAGCUUAGGGUGAUACGCAGUUAGAACUAGUAACUUCUUAAACCUACUACCACCCUCUUGUUUUUCAAAUUGUCAGCUGAAAAAUAAAAUAAAAUCCCACCACCAUCCCAACUGUCAGUUAUCCCACUUUCCCUCCAAGGAGCUUGAGGUGACACAUGAGGUUCUCUUCCUCUCAGUUUCAUCCUCACAGCAACCCCAUGAAAUGGGUUAGGCUGAGAGACUAUGACAGGCCCAAGGUCAACCAUAGAGCUUUUUGGCUGUAUGAAGCUUUGAACCUUGGUGUCCCAGGUCCCAGCCCAAUCCCCUAACCACUACAUCACACUGGCUCACUCAAUAAUAAUAAUAAUAAUAAUAAUAAUAAUAAUAAUUUAUUCCCCAGCCACUCUGGGCAGCUUCCAACAAAAUAUUAAAAUACAAUAAUUACCGUAUUUUUCGUUCUAUAGGACGCACAUUUCCCCCUCCAAAAACUAAGGGGAAAUGUGUGUGCGUCCUAUAGAGCGAAUGCAGGCUGCGCCGCUAAGCCCAAAGCCAGAACAGGAAGACGGAGCACUGCGGAGCGCUCCGUCUCGCUGUUCUGGCUUGGGAACAGCCUUGCUAGCUUCUGCAGGACAGCGGGGUGAAGGCACCCCGCUGCCCUGCAGAGGCUUGCGCGCAGCCCUCCCCAAGCUAGAGCAGACGGCUGCGCGCAAACCUCUGCAGGGCAGCGGGGUGCCUUCACCCCGCUGUCCUGCAGAAGCUAGCAAGGCUGUUCCCAAGCCAGAACAGCGAGAUGGAGGGCUCCGUCUCGCUGCUCUAGUUUGGGGACGGCUGCGCGCAAACCUCUGCAGGGCCGCGGGCGCUGCGCUCCAAAGGCUUCAGGGAUCUUGAGGCUGGCGGUGGGGAAGCAGCGCUUCCCCACCGCCAGCCCCACAAGCUCUGGUGAAUGUACCUUGAACGCACCUUGUUUUGGAGGGGGAGAACAAGAAAAAAAAUCUUUUUCCCUGUUCUCCCCCUCCUAUGAUCCGGUGCGUCCUAUGGUCCGGUGCGUCCAAUGGAGCGAAAAAUACGGUAAUAAAUAUUAAAAGCUUCCCUAAACAGGGCUGCCUUCAGAUGUCUUCUAAAAGUCUGGUAGUUUUUUUCCUCUUUGACAUCUGGUGGGAGGGCUUUCCACAGGGCGGGUGCCACUACUAAGAAGGCCCUCUGCCUGGUUCCCUGUAACUUGGCUUCUCGCAGCGAGGGAACCACCAGAAGGCCUUCGGCGCUGGACCUCAGUGUCCGGGCAGAACGAUGGGGGUGGAGACGCUCCUUCAGUUAUACUGGGCCGAGGCCGUUUAGGGCUUUAAAGGUCAGUACCAACACUUUGAAUUGUGCCUGGAAACGUACUGGGAGUCAAUGUAGGUCUUUCAGGACCGGUGUUAUGUUGUCUCGGCGACCGCUUCCAGUCCAUGCUCCUUUCAACUCCAUGCUCUGACUUAAGCAUUCCCUACAGUGGUGCGCAGUGUUGUUGAACUCCAGUUCCCACAAUCCCUGGCACUGCCCAUCCUUGCUGAGACUGAUGCGAGUUGGGAGCUGGGAACAUCUGGAGGUUCCCCAUGUGGCAAUCUCCUCCCCUGCCCUUUUAAACACAGGCCCACCCAAACAUGGUCAAACCUGUUGGAAGCCAAAAUCAAAUAAGUAGGAGGUCUACUGUGAUCCACCAAUACUAGAGCAAUACAAAUAGUGCUCUGUGCAUGAGAGAGAGACAGAGAGAAGCUUUUGGGUCACUUUGUGUGCCUUGUUUUGUUUCACUAAGAGGCUGUUUAAAGAGGAUCAGAGAAGUUUCGCCACGCCACAUGUAUUUGUCCUGCUGGAAGGAUUUAAAACAAUACCGAUACUGUUCUUGGACACUGUUACGCCCUCAGAUGUAUUUAUGAUAUUGACGAGAGAGGUGUUUAACAGUCAGCCUUCCAUGAGAGAGAUUUUCUAGUAUUAAGAACAAAAGACUUCCAUGAGAGAGAUUUUCUAGUAUUAAGAACAAAAGAAGAGCGUAAAGGCCAUUUACUCUAGCACCCUGCCGCCACAAAGUAGGUGUGCAAAGUGUGACCAUUCCAGUAAAUUGCCCGGGUGAAAGCAGCCAAAAUGGUACGUGUUUUCUCUUUAGGAAACUCCCUGGUUCCACGACUGCCCAAAAUAAAUGUUGCAAGGGUUUGAGUAAUCAAGUUACAUUUGCAGUUUGGGAAUAUGCUUGGAAGGCUGGACAUAGCAAAUGGCUAUAAACUUAUAAGGUGACAGUGGGAACUGAGAAAAUAUGGAUAUUUCAUAAUGACAGAGCUUACGAGUUAUAUAAGGGUGCAAGAAGGGAGCCAAAAAAAUUACAGUUUUUUUGCAGAACUGGAAUAGGUUUGUAGAAGAUUAGCAUAAUAAGGCACACAAUUCAUGAGGUAUAAAGUUUUUUUAUUUGACCUGCUGUAACAAUAAAUAUGAAUAUGAGUAAUAUUAACCAGAUAUGAAGGUAUUAUACCAUGAACAGAGCUGUUGUAUUGUAGUAAACGUGAAUGUGUGUGUGUGAGAGAGAGAGAGAGAGAGAGAGAGAGAGAGAGAGACCUGGAAUAUGUGUGUGUGAUUAAUCUUAAAAAACACUUAAUCCAUCCCUGUUAAUCAGGAUUAUGUAUAUUUCAAACUACUUCCCCCUCCCAGUUCUGAGGUAUUUUAUAUGCUACAUAAUGAGUGCCUCUUAUCUGGUCUAUAGAAAAAACUAUCGAGAAAUCUCCAAUGUUUGUGUGAUUCUCCAUCCCCCUCUUUCUUUUAGCUCCUCCAAUGUAAAGAAAUGGGAAACGGAACUGCACAGUCUUAGGGAGAGCAAUGCCAGACUGACUUCUGCACUCCAAGAAUCUGCAGCCAGCAUAGAACACUGGAAGAAGCAGUUUUCCAUUUGCAAAGAUGAGAACGAUCAACUUAGGAGCAAGGUAUUGGAUGCUUUACUAAUUUUAUUAGUCAGAAAACAUGCCAGUGUGCUGUAACGAUUAGAUGAGGAGUGAGGGAACUUCUCCAACCCUGAGGGCUGCAUUUCCUUUUGAGAAACCUUCUCUUUUGAAUGAUGGUUUGGGCAAUUUACAGAGGCAAAGCUUCAAUGGUACCCUGGACAGCUCCAGGCAGGGCUCAGGGCGAAGGCUCCAGAAGAGGAGAGCUCAGAUGUUGCAGCAGCAGCAGCUAGUCUGGGGUGUGGCUUGAGGAGGGGGCACUUCCAAAGGAAGGGCCCAUGGACCCGAGAGCCACCAUCUCUGAAUUCGAGUAAUGGACAAGAACUGCAAGGUUCUGAGGGUUCCUUGGGAAGAGAGAUUUAUUGUUAAACCAUUCAGGGAACUACAGUGGACCCUCUAGUUAUGUACCACUCUGGAUACGUAACUUUCGGGUUACGAACGGGGCAAACCCAGAAGUGUAUACUUCCAGGUUUCGCCACACACGCACAUGGGCAGAAGCACUCAGUCACGCCAUGCGCAUGCGCAGAAGUGGUGCCUCUGCCCACGGACUUUUUGGGUUGCGGACGGUCCACUGUAUAGCUCUGUGAGAAGAAUAGGGGUCUUAAGCAUUUGUGGUAACAAAUAAAUUGGUUCUUACUCCGGGAUGAAUAUUUUAGUAUCUAUACUUAAUAGCUAGCCUAUGGAUCCUGGUCCGUAACAAACCUUGGAGGUAGAUCCGUUUAUUUCACUUAUGUAAUGCAUUGGCAACUUGCAAAAAUAAAAGUUGAGAACUUAAAAUGCAUUUUAGCCAAUAUAAAAAUCCUGGUGCCGCUUCAUGCAUUCCUAGCUGUGCUGAGUUGCCCUGGGAUAGUCCAAAAAUUGCUGGAGGGAGAGGUCAAGGCACAAUCAUUCCUGUCUACUAAAAACUGCUUUGCCCAAUAUUAGAUGUACCGGAUGUAAAUGUCCGGGGAGAAUAACAAAAAGGUGUAAACUUUGGAGCAGUCCAGGAAUAGUAGUGUGCACUGCCACUAAAUAAUAUGGUGCGGUAUUUCACUGUUACCGUAUUUUUCGCUCUAUAAGACGCAGCAGACCAUAAGACGCAUCUAGUUCUUGGAGGAGAGAAAAAAUCCCUCUUGCUGUUCUGGCUUCUGGCUUCUGGGAUAGCUGCGCAGCCUGCAUUCGCUCCAUAAGAUGCACACACAUUUCCCCUUACUUUUCAGGAGGGGGAAAGUGAGUCUUAUAGAGCAAAAAAUACGGCAAUAGACCCACACACUCCUGGCAGAAGUUUAUUGACAGCAGGGUUUUUUGGUUUCCAUCAAUGCUACUUGUAGCAAGAAUCCCACAGCACUGAACUUGAUUUGUGGGGAAAGGCAGCUUUGCUCAGUGCUGGGAGAACUAUGCAGAAAUGAGUUCUUUUUUUCCUUCAUAAGGACCUGUACCUUGAACACACUGGCUGCAUUUGGAUGAUUGCAUCUUGGCUUCAUAAGCUGACCUAUACACAAGCCUUUUUGCUGUGGUUGCAGCCUCUUUGCUUCUCCCUCCAAAGCACAUUCAAAGAACACUGUUUCCCUCAAAGAAUUCUGGGUGUUGUAGUUUAUCCCUCAGAGUUACAAUUUCUAGCAACCCUUAACAAACAAGUGCUUUAAAUCAGUCUCUAGCUGUUUUUGGAUUACAACUCUCAUCAUCCCUAGCUAUCAUAGAAUCAUAGAAUCAUAGAGCUGGAAGAGACCACAAGGGCCAUCGAGUCCAACCCCCUGCCAAGCAGGAAACACCAUCAGAGCACUCCUGACAUAUGGUUGUCAAGCCUCUGCUUAAAGACCUCCAAAGAAGGAGACUCCACCACACUCCUUGGCAGCAAAUUCCACUGUCGAACAGCUCUUACUGUCAGGAAGUUCUUCCUAAUGUUUAGGUGGAAUCUUCUUUCUUGUAGUUUGGAUCCAUUGCUCCGUGUCCGCUUCUCUGGAGCAGCAGAAAACAACCUUUCUCCCUCCUCUAUGUGACAUCCUUUUAUAUAUUUGAACAUGGCUAUCAUAUCACCCCUUAACCUCCUCUUCUCCAGGCUAAACAUGCCCAGCUCCCUUAGCCGUUCCUCAUAAGGCAUCGUUUCCAGGCCUUUGACCAUUUUGGUUGCCCUCCUCUGGACACGUUCCAGUUUGUCAGUGUCCUUCUUGAACUGUGGUGCCCAGAACUGGACACAGUACUCCAGGUGAGGUCUGACCAGAGCAGAAUACAGUGGCACUAUUACUUCCCUUGAUCUAGAUGCUAUACUCCUAUUGAUGCAGCCCAGAAUUGCAUUGGCUUUUUUAGCUGCCACGUCACACUGUCACACUGACAAACUGGAAUGUGUCAGGUCAGGGAUGAUGGGAACUGCAGUCCAAAAAACAGCUAGAGACCCAAGUUUGGUAAAAACUCUGCUCUAGGCCUUCCGCAGCCCCUUCAGCAACCUGCUGCUAUCUCCUCAUUUUCCUGCAACGUUUCCAUUAUUUAAAAACGUUAAAAGCAAAUGAUAAGUAUUUGUAGUGGAUUGGGAACUCAGACUGGCUCCUUUCAACCCUUCUUUAAGAUUGACGAACUGGAAGAGCAGUGCAAUGAAAUAGAUAAGGAGAGAGAACGAAAUGCGCAGCUGAGCAGGCGCCUCCAGGAAUUGGAAACGGAGCUGCAAGACAAGGAGCUGGUAUGUAAAACAAAGAAUGGUAAUGAAGUGCUUAAAGCUGCGGACAUGCAGCCACAACAUCUUUGGGGAAUCAAUCCGCUUCCACAGUACUUGUAAAACAAAAACAUAAAAAACCCUAAUGCAGAUUGCUUUAGAAGCUGAGCAAGCCCUGGAGGCUUUGGGCACAACGACAUGACUGAUGCUCUGGAAAAUGCCAUGGGUUCCUAGCAAAACAUUAGGCUUUUGUGCUCUGUCUGUUUUACCUUGGUACCUUAUUCUCAUUUUGUGUGUGUGUGUUCUGUUUUAAUGCAGUAACAAAAGCUGGACAAAUUUUUAAGUUGGGUAGAAUGGUUUUUGUUUUCUAAGUGAGCAAACUGAGCCCUCCUGGGGAAGCUGGGAGGGUUAGAUAACCCACAGGGGCAGGUAGAAGUGAUGGUUGGUACCCUUCUUAAGGUACGUGUAUACUGCAAGCUUCCUCCAAUGAACCCUGGGGAUCUGUCCUUUGAGAAAUGUGUGAGGAAGGUGUUUUUCUUCUACGCAGAGGAAACCAGAGAGACACAGUGGGAUACAGCGAUUAGAGCAGGGGUCAACAAACUUACUGCGCCUCGAGCCGGUGUCUCCAGUGCCAAUCGUGUGGAGGGCAGGGGAGCGCGUGCCCAUACAUGUGAGAACACGCUAUUUCCGGUGCACUUCUGGGUCGGAGGAACACCGGAAAUAGCUUGUGCGCAUGUGCACGGGCCUCCUCCGACCCAGAUGUGCACCGGAAAUAACGCUUUCGCAUGUGCAAAUAACGCUUGCGCAUGCGCACAAGCUAUUUCCAGUGCUCCUCCGACCUGGAAGUGGGAAGCCACGCAGCGCAGCACCGGUAAGAGCGGGCGGCGGCGGCGAGGGUCACCACGGGCUGGAUAAACAAGUCCCUUUGGCCUUAUCUGGCCCGUGGGCCUUAGUUUGGGGACCCCUGGAUCAGAGUGUCAAACUAGGGACCCGGGAGACCAAAUCACCACUUGGCCUUGAAGCUCACUGGGCGGUCUUGGGGGCAGUCAAUUGCCUCUCAGCCUAACCUACCUCACAGAGUUGUCAAGCUAUUGCAAUCCAACAGCUACCCAGUGUUGGAAGACGUUUACACAGAUCUCUUGAAAGCUGUUGCGCGUUGUAAUAAGUCUAUACCAAAAUUUCCUGCUUGGUUUCAACUCCAUCUGCUCAUACAAGGGACAAAACAAAAGGAGCAUAGAAUUGUAGAGUUAGAAGGGAUCCCAAGGGCCAUCUAGUCCAACCCCCUGCAACACAGGGAUCACGCCUAAGGAAUCCCUGACAGAUGGUCAUCCAACUGCUGCUUCAAAACCUCCUAUGAAGAAGAGUUGACCACUUUCUGAGGCAGUUUGUUCCACUGUCAAGUAACUCUUACAAUCAGAAAGUUCUUCCUAAAGUUUAGUUGGAAUCACCUUCCUAGUAAUUUUAAUCCACUGGUUCGGGUCCUGCCCUCCGGAACAGGAGAAAACAAGCUUCCCCCAUCUUCCAUGUGACAGCCCUUUAGAUAUUAGAAGGUGGCUAUCCUUUCACCUCUGUCUUCUCUUCUAAACAUACCCAACUCCCUCAACUGUUCCUCAUAAGGCUUGGUUUCCAGCCACUUUAUCAUCUUGGCUGCCCUCUGCAUAUGUUUCCCCUUGUCAAUAUCCUAGAUCAGUUGGUAGAGCAUGCCCAGAACUAGACACAGUACUCCAGGUGUGGCUUGACCAAGGCAGAAUAGAGCAGGGACGCGGGUGGCACUGUGGUCUAAACCACUAAGCCUCUUGGGCUUGCUGAUUAGAAGGUUGGGAGUUUGAAUCCCCACAACGCAGUGAGCUCCCAUUGCUCUGUCCCAGCUCCUGCCAACCUAGCAGUUCGAAACCACACCAGUGCACGUAGAUAAAUAGGUACCACUGCAGUGGGAAGGUAAAUGCUGUUUCGAUGCUCUCUGGUUUCCGUCACGGUGUUCCGUUGUGCCAGAAGUUGUUUUAGUCCUGCUGGCCACAUGACCUGGAAAGCUGUCUGUGGACGAACGCCGGCUCCCUCGGCCUGAAAGCGAGAUGAGCACCGCAAGCCCAUAGUCGCCUUUGACUGGGCUUAACCAUCCAGGGGUCCUUUACCUUUACCUUACUCCAUGUGCGGCUUGACCAAGGCAGAAUAGAGCAUUACUAAAAGAUACGACCCUUUUCUGUGCUGAAACAAGGCCUAGGCUGAACGCAAGGCAUGGCUCAUGCUAGGGGCAAGUCAAGGCAAGGUGAUGUUUAUGCUGGAUGCAGGACAAGGUUCUGACUGGAUGAAGGUAAGGCGAGGCUCAGGCUUGAUGAGGGCAGAGCAGGCUGUAAGGUAGGGCAGUGCUUGUCCUGUACUCUAGGAAUCCAGAACUCUGAUACAGUGCCACAUCCUCAGACCAGAGAGGCUCUGGCCGUACAGGCUCAUUGGGAAGCAGCACUUCUGAGGCUGUCCCUGUGCGCCCUUCCCCUUCUUGUUCAGAGUCCUUGACUCUUCCUCACCUGCAGAAGAGGAACCUGACUCCUGGUCCCUGACAGACAAUUGCAUUGUACUGAAUUAACAGCUGUCUGGAAAACUUGUUGGGGCUGUCUCAGAUCUAUUCCUUCUUGCUUCCCCACCCGCCUCUCCCUGCUUUCAGCAGCUGCAGCUGGGAGGAAGAUUGACAUCUUAGGAUAAUGGUGACACAGCGCAAAACACACACACAAAAAAACCUUCUUGUUGUAGCAUUCAUAUAUUCAUUGAACUGGAAUAAGGGAUUAAGGUGGCUUGAUGGGGCCGAGGCAGAGACAAAAAUAGAGUUUAGUUUUGGAAUUUAAAGGUAAAAGGUAAAGGGACCUCUGACCAUUAGGUUCAGUCGUGACCGACUGGGGUUGCGGCGCUCAUCUCUCUUUAUUGGCUGAGGGAGCUGGUGUACAGCUUCCGGGUCAUGUGGCCAGCAUGACUAAGCCGUUUCUGGCGAACCAGAGCCACGUACAGAAAUGCCGUUUAUGUUCCCACCAGAGUGGUACCUAUUUAUCUACUUGCACUUUUUUUAUAUAUUAUAUUUUUAUUAAUUUUCAAAUACAAAAACAAAUUUAUACAUUCCAUACAACUUAAUUACAUCUUACUUCUCUUUUUGACUUCCCUCAAUUUGUCUGCCAUUCCUUCCUUUUGUUACCUUUUACACAUUUCUGCCCUUUUAACCCUUUCCCCUCACAGAGCUUCCUUUGAAACUUACAAACGUAAUUUUAUUAUCACUCAGUUUUUGCAUAUAUUGGAUAAACUUUUCCCAAUCUUCUGUAAAUCUUUGAACUCGUCGAUUCCGGAUCCUUCCUGUCAUUCUGUCCAAUUCUGCAUAAUCCAUCAUUCUUCUAUCGUAGGUAAUUCCUCCUGUUUCUAUUUCUGGGCCAUCAAUAUUCUUGCUGCUCUCACUGCAUAUAAAAAUAACUUCUUUUCUUUCUUAUUUAUCUCAUUACCUGUAAUGCCUAGUAAAAAUGCUUCUGGUUUCUUAACAAAUGUAUAUUUCAACAUUUUCUUCAAUUCAUUUUAAAUCAUUUCCCAAAAGCAUUUUACCUUCUUACAUUCCCACCACAUAUGAAAAAGGUACCUUCUUUUUCUUUACAUUUCCAACAUUUGUUACUUAUCUUAUACAUUUUUGCUAACUUCACAGGUGUUACAUACCAUCGGUACAUCAUUUUCAUAACAUUUUCUUUUAUAACUGUGCAUGCAGUGAAUCUUAAGCCUUCUUUCCAAAGUCUUUCCCAAUCCUCCUUUGUAUAUUGUGCCCUAUAUCUUUGGCCCAGUCGAUCAUAACUGAUUUUACCUCCUCAUCCUUUGUACACCAUUCCAGUAAUAUCUUAUACAUUUUUGCUAAAUUCUAAUAAUCAUUAUUCAAUAUUUCCAUCUGAAAUUUUGAUUCUUUGUCAGCAAAACCCCUCUGAUUUAAAUCUUUUCUAAACAUCUUAUCUACUUGCACUUUGACGUGCUUUCGAACUGCUAGGUUGGCAGGAGCAGGGACCAAGCAACGGGAACUCACCCCGUCACGGGAUUGGCAAGCCCUAGGCUCUGUGGUUUAACCCACAGCGCCACCCACGUCCCUUUUUGGAAUUUACACGCACACAAAAACCCCAUUUAGUUUCUGGGUUCAGUUCAGCAUGGUACCACGAAACCUUAAGGACCACCCAUCCACCUUAUAAACCAGCCCAGACCCUGCAACACAGGCAGGCAGUCCACGAAGCAGUCUGAAGCAAGCUGUGAGAGGGCAUCACCCUGAGAGGAGGAGGAGAAGCCACUGCCAAUAGCUGGGGCUGCACCUCCUGUUGCCUCUCCACCAGCAGCAGUGCCACCACUCUCCACACCAUCAUGCUCCCCCCCCCCCGCACAGGUGGAGCUGGCCGCGCAUAGCUGUCAACUUUUCCCUUUUCUUGCAAGGAAUCCUAUUCGGAAUAAGGGAAUUUCCUUUAAGAAAAGGGAAAAGUUGACAGCUAUGAGCUGGCGCCCCUGCUGCUACCUUCUGCCUCUUGCCACUGCUGGGCACCUGGUGGUUGGCUCCCAGGUCUUGCCACUGCCAGGCACUCACUGCUCCUCAAUGCUUUCCACCUCCACAACCCUGGAGGCUGCAGCAGCAUGCUCAAGUGGCAACUCCUCUAUUUGCUCCUGGGCCACUGUCUUCCUCCUGCUCACCCUCUUUGAGUUCACCUGGGGUAGAGGAGCACAACAGCAGGAUUGAGCUGGAGGGGGCAAGUACCUGGCAGUGGGAAGAGGGGCAGGAGGUGGGAUCACAGCCAGGGUUUUCGCCUCUAGUGGCAAAACAUCCUGGGCCACCCCUGCCCUGCAGUCUUCAUCAGAGGCUCUUCUCUGUGGACCCUGCGCAAGGGGGGUGUAGGGGGUAGCUACACAAGAAUGAAUAAUCAAUAUAUUAGAAAGUUAAAAUGUUUUGCAGUCACACCAACUCAUUUUUAUUUUAUUUUAUCACAACCCUAAGCAUUUAUCCAACUCCCAAGAAUCCAAGCUAUUUUGUUCUUCAUUAAAUUAUCAACACACACACACAGUUACACCUACACAUAAAAAUUCAUAUUACACAAGGUGGGAAGGGGGGAAAUGGAUUGAGGUAGUAAUAAACAGAGACCUACAGCAAGUGAUUAAGUGACAAAGACUUUUGGCUCAGAAUAGUAGGGGUGAUUCAUCCUUGGACAGACAUUCUGCAAAACAUGCAAAAAUGGGAAUUGCUGGGGGAGGGACUUCUCCACCUCCAGCACCCAAGGGUCCAAGCUGCUGCAGUUUUGGUGUACACCACUGACUGUCAAUGCUGUGAGUUUUGCUUGUGCCCACCACCUGCUUGGAAGAGUGUGGACUGAUUCCAGGACCCCAGUUUCCUCAACCAAUUAUCCUCACUGUCUUAAGUGGACAGCGACGACCAUCUUUUUGGAAGGGGCAACUCUCCUAUGCUGUAGGGGGGUGUACAACUUGCUGCUGCUGCUUGCCAAGGUUUCCAAGUUGCAAUUAAAAUUUAAAAUAUUUACAUCUGCCUUGCUGCUCUGUCGUUCUUCCUUGGCCUUCCAGUGUUCCUCUAAAUAUGAGGUUUUCAAAGGUGCUCCUUACGUGCAGUUUCACACUGAGCAGAGUGCACACUGGGCUUGUCUUGCAAAGCCAAGAAUAGCUUGUGUCUGGGUUGUUUUGUGGCUGCUCGUGUAAUAAGAGCACACAGCCUGGAAGUUGGGGCAGCCCUCCACAGCAAGUGAGAAAGAAGUCUGUAAUAUUAAUGAGCCCAUUUUCCGGCUGAGUGCGAGUACUGAAAGUUACAAAAUACUGCUCUUUGUGAAUGCUAUUACCAGCGCAAAGGGCCAGGGUUAGAAAGCAUGACAUUUUUUCUUUGGGAAAAGCUGCUGGGAGAUGUCUUAAAGGUAAAGGUAAAGGGACCCUUGACCAUUAGGUCCAGUCGACUCUGGACUCUAGGGUUGCGGAGCUCAUCUUGCUUUAUUGGCCGAGGGAGCCGGCGUACAGCUUCCGGUUCAUGCGGCCAGCAUGACUAAGCUGCUUCUGGCGAACCAGGGCAGUGCACAGAAACGCCGUUUGCCUUCCUGCCGGAGUGGUACCUAUUUAUCUACUUGCACUUUGACGUCCUUUCGAACUGCUAGGUUGGCAACGGGAGCUCACCCCAUCGCGGGGAUUCGAACCGCCAACCUUCUGAUCGGCAAGUCCUAGGCUCUGUGGUUUAACUCACAGCGCCACCCCGUCCCUGGGAGAUGUCUUAAAAUCCAUCAAAAUCCAUCGCUCUAAACAAUUUCCUUGUGCUUGGGGCUCUUUUAACAAGCCUGACUGUUGAGUGUGUUAGCAAUAUCAUCCCUGAAAAGAGCUUUGGCAUACGUAUUGUUUGCAUCACCUUGAGCCAAUAGGGAACAUUAAGGGCGAAAAUCGAACAGACCCUAUUUGUACACAAAAUGAGUUCAUUCUGCAGCCAUAGCAAUUCCAAAUUGCUGCCCCCAUAAUUCCAAGAGGUAUGGUUCAGGUGACCUGGCCAAAUUUGACCAUCAACACAGGAUUUGUGUUCCCAUGCUCCCUCGUUCCCCUCCAUGGUUGCUGUUCCUAUAGUUUCGUAUAACAACCAAGUCCAAUAAAUUAUGUUUUGCACAAACUAUAACUUGCUUCCAAAGCAGGGAUGGAAAUCUUGUUUAAAUGCUGGUUUCCAAUACUGCUUUAGGGACAAACUUUGUACAGUGCAAAUCAGGAAGUGAAAAAGAGUGUAAAAGAGGAAGCAUGUGUUGAAGUGUUUACACAUGCACAUCAUAGUUUGGUGAUGAUAUCUGAAUUGGGGUGUGUUGUUUCCUUUAUCGUUCUUUACAAUAAAAAAAAUCUCAAAGCAACUUGACAAAAAUAAAAUACAACUCAUAAAAGCUAUUCAAAGGCUGAAAAGAAAAGGGGGGAAAAGCAAAAUACAGAAUACAUAAAAUGCCCAUCUAGCAGUAUGUUAAUAAGGAUCAAGGAGGGAGGAUAUUAGGUUUACAGCGUGUUACAGUCUAAGAGAAAAUGUUAUGAAAAUGCUCUGUCGGUAGCCAAACUGGCCAAAAUGUAUAAGAAUAGAUCUGAAACUUGUUGGAGAUAUAAAAAGGGGAGUGGUUCAUAUAUGCAUAUGUGGUGGGAAUGUGAAAAAAAUCAGAGCGUUCUGGGACAUUGUAUAUAAUGAAUUUUAAAAGAUACUCAAAUUCCCAUUCACAAAAAGAGCAGAGGCCUUCUUAUUAGGGAUAAUGUCAGCUGAAAUCAAGAAAGAAGUAAGACCACUCUUUAUGUACGCAACAUCUGCAGCCAGAAUUCUGGUCGCAAUGAAUUGGAAGAGUGAAAUUACACCUACAAAGUCAGAAUGGCAGGUAAAAAUGACAGACUACAUCUAAUUGGCAAUAAUGAUGGGGAGAGUUAGAGGGUACUCAAUGCAGAGGGUGAAUAAAGAAUGGAUAGUAUUAAACGAAUACUUGAAAAACUACAAUAGCAAAAAUCUCCUGGCAGACCUUGAAUGAUUCUUGCAAUGUAUAGAUAAUAAACUAAAGAAUUUUUCUCUGAAGGAAAUUAAGGAAACAAAGUACAAUAACACGAUACUGUGUAAAAAAUAGCAAAUGAAAUUCAAUUUUUUGAGAACAAUUGGAAGUUUACUUUAUCUUUAUUAUUUAUUCUUCUUCUCUAUUUUUCAUUAUAUUUUUCUUUUUUCCGUGUAGUGUAUGUGCAUAAAUUGUAAUAUGGUAAAUUGCUGUGUAAAUAUGUGAUGAAUGUUUAAUAAAUAUUUAUUUUAAAAAAUAUUUAGAAAAUAAAAUUUAAAAUAAAAUAAUAAGGGCCAAGCCCACUAAAAGGUAAGCGCCACCAUAGAAGGAAGCAUUAAUUAACUAGUGGUGUAGUGUGGUGUAGUGGUUAAGAGCGGUUGUCUCGUAAUCUGGGGAACCGGGUUCGCGUCUCUGCUCCUCCACCUGCAGCUGCUGGGUGACCUUGGGCCAGUCACACUUCUUUGAAGUCUCUCAGCCCCACUCACCUCACAGAGUGUUUGUUGUGGGGGAGGAAGGGAAAGGAGAAUGUUAGCCGCUUUGAGACUCCUGAAGGGGAGUGAAAGGCGGGAUAUCAAAUCCAAACUCUUCUUCUUCUUCUUCUUCUUCUUCUGAUGAUGAUGAUGAUGACUUGGGAAAACACAAAGGUCUUAGCCUGGUGCCUAAGAACUGCCAGAGAUGGCACCAAGCACAUCUCCCUGCCUGGAAGAGCAUUCCACAGACAGUAGUCACUACUGUUACACUCUGACCCCUUGCACACAUACGUGAAAUGAGUGUAAAUGGGGAGCAGCCGCAGAAGUGAGGGGAGAGGCCUGAAGAGCCUCAACAAAGUCCUACUGUGCCUCUUGCUCGUGAGGAGACCCUCCCCAGAACCCGAAGGGGACGUCCUCUUUGGGGAGGGAGGGUCUCAGUGAGCCAGAGACUUGUUGAGGCUGUGCUCAAUAAAGUCCCUCUACCUAUCCGGGGUGUGUGAGCCGGAGGCGCAGUGGACAUUCCUGCUAGCAGCUGCUAUGUGGGAAAGCGCAGCAGCUAUCGCUGUUACUUUUAUGCGCAUCAGCUGUUAGCUGGGAGGCUGAACAAAGCCCCGCUGUGCCUCUGGCUCACAUGGAGACCUUCCUAGGAGCCCAAAGAGGACACCCCCUUCAGGCUUCAGGGAGAGUCUCCUUGCAAGCUGGAGACACAGUAGGACUUCGUCAAGCCUUUGCAGGCCUCCCCUCCCUCAACCUCUGGGUUUCUGGGGCUGUUUGUAUGCACAGUCGCAUGUGAAUUAAAUGUGCAUAAAUUGGGGGGCGGGGAAUGCCUGUAUAUAUUUCUGAAGGCUGGGUAAUGUGUAUAUGGCUGAUGCUGAUUUUUUUAAAAAAAGUUUUAUUAUCUGGUUGAAAUUCGUAACCUUUAUAUUUUUGUGUUACUUUCUCUAGGAAAUAGAGGAUCUUCGGAAACAGGGUGAAAUCAUACCAGAGUUGAUGACAGAAUGUGAAACAGUAUCUGAGAAAUUGCAGGUAUGAAUGGUUAUUAUUAUUCAGUAUGUAUUUUCAGUUUUAAAAGGAAAAUUAUACUCCACUUAAGACCUAUAGCCAGAAUGUUUAUGUUGGAGAAACUGAAGCGUAUGAUUCAUGCUGGAUGAGGAUGGCUCAGGUAGAGAUGUGAAGGUGUUGGGAAAAUGAUUUCCUCUUAACUUUUAUCCAGUUUUCCCUCUUGGUCCUCUGCUCCUCUGGGGUCAUGUCAGGAUAAUGCUGCUUGCUUGCUUGCUUGCUUGCUUGCUUGCUUGGAGAGCCAAGCAGUAAGGAAGUAGCCACAGCGUUUUCCCUUCCAUUCAUGAAUGCAAGUUAUUGUAGUGCAGGUAUAAUCAUAACACAGAUGGAAAAUAUUAAGACACCUUAACUGCUCAGGCCAACAGCACAAUAACGGCUUAGUGCAAUGGUGUCUUCGCAGGACCUGUCAAGGAAUGAGCGCUCUAGUAGGAGGAAGAAGUGGACUCCCUGAUCACAGGUCUCUAAAAGUCACCUUGAGAACGGACUCAAAGCAGCCUAAGGGAACCAGGGAAUAACUGCAGUACAACCAAAUCAUAAAUUCAGGCUUCCAUUUAUUUAAUCGCAUUAGUGUGCAAUUGGGUAGAAUACCACCUCCAUGCUUGGUGUUCCUUAUCUCCAUAAAAUAAAAGAACUGGAGAAAUGGGCGUAGCUAGGAUUUAUUUGGGAGGGAGGGAGGCAGAACCGAGUAAUCUGUGAUGCAAUUGGUCAGUUAAAUAUUUUGAUUUAUUUACUUUAUUUAUUUAGGGGGCAGCUGCCCCCCUGCACUCCUCUGGCUACACCCAUGGCUGGAGACAUGUUUUUCAAUAAAAGCAGUAUGUUCAGGGAGGGGCCUGGAUUACUCAAGGGAUGAGAGAGCCCUUGGUGCUAAAGUCCUAGUUGCUAUCCUGUGCUGCUGGCACUCCACUGACUUACCCGUCUUCUGCCUUGGAAGCUCAAGCCUAUAGAAGGUGUACCCUGUUUCACAAUUUAGGAACGGCUUCAUCUGUAAAUCUUUCAUCUCAACCCAUGCAUCAUGAAUUUGUUGAGGAGAGGCAACAUGGGACUCUAUCCUCUGGGGCAAAGCAUUUCAAGUACAGUGGUACCUCGGGUUACAUACGCUUCAGCUUACAUAUGCUUCAGGUUACAGACUCCGCUAACCCAGAAAUAGUACCUCGGGUUAAGAACUUUGCUUCAGGAUGAGAACAGAAAUCGUGCUCUGGUGGCGUGGCAGCAGCUGGAGGCCCCAUUAGCUAAAGUGGUGCUUCAGGUUAAGAACAGUUUCAGGUUAAGAACGGACCUGCAGAACGAAUUAAAUACUUAACCCGAGGUACCACUGUACAGGCUUAUAUUGAUGAUGUAAACUCCAUUGCUAGGGAACUUAAAGAUUAUUAUUAUUAUUAUUAUUCUCACUGUCUUGCUACACAUUCAGCCAGGGAGACUCCAGAUAUUUCUUUUUCUUAUUUUUUUAAAAAAAUGACAUUGAUUUCCAGAACGAAACAAUCUCAGUUCCCAGGCGCUGUUUUGUCAGGUUGUAUUUGUGGACGGGUGAGCCAGGACCCAAACCAACUUCAGAUAAUGUUUAGAACAAAUUCUGAAGCGCUAGCAAUGGCAGUAAUAUAUGCAGAGCAGGGCACAUAAAUUCCAGCCAAAAGCUGCCCAAAGUGACCUCAUUCAAGGCAAAGCAUCUCUUCCGCAUCCUUCUGUGAAGCAGUCAGAUUAAAAUAAUAGCCUUUCCCCUGACAGAGUUUGCUUGCAGGUAGGUUUGCAAUGGACACAAUAAAUAAGAGAUGCAGCGAUGGGGCAGGUGUGGGGAGGGCCUUUGCUCUUUUUGUUAUUGUUGAGACUUUAAUGUAACUUUUUUUUUUUUUUUAAGGCUGCUGAGAAAAGGAAUAAAGACCUGGAAGAGAAAGUCAGAGCUCUAAGGACAGAGGUGGAAGAGAGCAAACACAGACAAAACAACCUUAAGACUGAGUUACAGACUUUUUUAGACGUACUAGAUGGAAAGAUUGAUGAAUUGCAUGACUUCCGGCAAGGACUAUCUAAACUGGGAGUUGAUAACUAGGGAAUAGCAACAUAUAUCUUUUUGUAAACUAACAUUUGGUGGGUGUGCAUUUUAAUCCUAAAUGUCUGUUCCACAAAAAAAUAACCAGAGUAUUCUUCUUGUUUGCAAUGUGAUUUGUACAUAGAAUUUAAAAAUUUAAUGGUUCUCUCCCCCACUACCCAUUCUUCCUUUUCUUUCUUUUCUUUCCAAAAAUUGUUGUUGACUUUUCUUUUUUAAGGUAGAGCUUUGUUUAUCUUGCUGCUUCUGGACUUGGAGGGUUUGUGAACAGGUGGGGGAGGGUUCUUGCCUCAGGAAAAUGGAACUAGACCUACCUUAAAAUGAAUAUGCAUUAGUUGUUGCAGGGAAAUUUCUAUCUUAAGGGCUGCUGCAACCAUAGAAACAGGAAGUGAGCCUUUUCCUAAUCUUGAUUAUCAAGCCCUUGCAGUUUUAUUUGUGUGUGUGUGUGUGUAACAGACCACAGUGAAGAUGAGAGGAGAUGCUUGCAAUUUGUCCAUGGGCUUGAAAAAGAGAAGUGCACUUGGGAGCAGCCAUUGGCAGGUAGAGAAAUAUUCUUUUAGUAGAUGCUCAUGGCCUUAGGAUCAAAUUGUGAAGCCUCAUUUGAAGAAUUCAGUGGUGGCUUUUUUAAAAAAUAAAUAAAAAUACCCACGAGGCCUUUUCAUACAGAAUUUGCCAUGUUCAACAAUGUGCAUUUGAAAUCGGUGUAGAAAUCGCAAUGUGUUCAGGUGUGGCCCUUUGCACUCCUGGUAGAAUGGACGUGGAGGUAGUUACCCAAAGUGGGUUGGCGGUUUCCAAGCCUUUGAGGGUGUUUAGAAAUGCAGAUGUUGCACAUUAAGCCAUUUGAAUGCCGGGGAAAUGGGCUCUCUUCCUAGGAUCCAGGGUCAGUUCACUCCCGGAGCAAAGGAUGUUAAGUAGGGAACGAACCUCAGGCCCAGGAGUCAAAUGCCUCUCCAGCUGUUCCUUGGAAGUUCUCCAAUGCCACAUCCCUCACUGGUCCUGCUUUGUACCACAAGUGUUUUUGCCUGGCUGGAAUUUGCCCUUGAACUCUGGCGAUGCCUUUUGCUUCUCCGGAUGGAGAACAGAGCAGGCUGUGUGAGCGUGCAUAGGAACUAACCUGUUACACAGAGGUAAUAUUUACAUUCUUUGCUCCAUCCACUGGCAUGUGGCUCUUGGGCUGGAACAGGUUUCCCAUCCCUGAUGUAAGCAGUUGGCCUUACAAGUUGCUGUCCCUACACUGGCUGGCAGCACCAUUUUUACAUUCAGGAUACAAGUAUUUGUUUUAAAACUAUUUAUGUGCCACCGCUUCACCCAGAGAAACCUCAGACGUUGGUUGCAACAAAGACUUUAAACCAAACUUUUUCAGCAGGGGGCUGGUCCACUGUCCCUCAGAUCUUGUGGGGGGCCGGACUAUAUUUUGAAGAAGAAGAAAAAUGAAUGGAUUCCUAUGCCCCACAAAUAACCCAGAGAUGCAUUUUAAAUAAAAGGGCACAUUCUGCUCAUGUAAAAAACACACUGAUUCCCAGACCGUCCACGGGCCGGAUUUAGAAGGUGAUUGGGCCGGAUCUGGCCCCCGGGCCUUAGUUUGCGUACCCAUGCUUUAAACCAUCUUAAGGAUUUAAAGAGCCUGUUUGAAUAAAAGUAUCAGUGACAUGGAAAUAAAGGUGGAAGCAAGAAAAAGGAGCAGGUAAAUUAUCAAUAAAUGGUUCUGAAUUUCUCAGUUGUUGCCCAAAGUCUGGGCAACGAGAAAAUGUGUUUAAUUGGUGCCAUACUGGCUAUGAGGUUGGUGCCUGAUGCAAAGAUAUUAGAUGCAGCAGCAAAAAGUCACAAAUUGGAGGGGAGGGCAAUGGAAGAGUUGUUGCAGACAGUGGCACUGGUUGCAACUGGGUUUUAGAAUUAAGUCUCCAUCCAAGAGUUCAAGGGGGGGUGUCUUCAAACUAACCAUCAAGACACAUGGCCACCUAAAAAGGAACAUCCUGGGACAUAAACCCACCUUGAAGGUUUCUGCUCUGUCCCCAAAGACCUGCUCUUUAAUUCGGGUGAAUCAAGGCUGGCGGUGGUCACAGCUGGGAUGAAACGAGAAAGUCAUUUUCACAUGCUCCAAAACACUCCCGUUAGCGCCUUCAGCUUCUUUCAGGGCUGAGCCCCUGGAAUUACAAAACAGGGUCCUGGGACAGAGUCGUAUCUCAAACUAAGCUCUGUACGAACCUUCCCAAUCUUGUUGGGCCUUCUACAUGUUUGGGGCUACAUCUUCCAACACCCUGGCUGUGCUAGCUGGGAUGGAUGGGAGUUGUCUAAAACUUCUAGAGGGCACUGGGGAAGGCUGCUGACACAAAUGUCUGUCAGCUACUGAGACUGUAUCACACUGGAAAACACUUCUUAGUCAUGCCCGUUAUGGAUCUUAGUACUGGCAGUUACCUGAACUCACCUCCUUUGCCUGCUAGGCAGAUGUGUGGAAGCUCAAAGGUGCCCUGCCUAACAGUGAGCUGCCUCCUCUUCCAUUUUUCUGCCCUGUGUGUUAAGCGCCUGCGGUGCCUAACUGCUUUUAGAACUGCAGGAGGGAGUUCAACUCAUCAUUCGCAGCGCUCUCUCCUUUUGUGUCUGCCAUUGCAUGGGUGUGCGAUUCAAUUUUCUCUGCUCUUAAUAUAAAAAGCCACCUUCUUACUGAAAAAGCGUUGGACAUAAAGCUCUCAUUUUGGACUGUGUGACUCUCCCGUUUCCUCGUAAGGUGCAAAGUAUGAAGAGGGCAGUUUGCAACAGCUUCUUAGCUGAUGAAACCUGAUCCACUGCCAAAACAGUUAGCUAUUCUUUCUGCUGAUAUAUAUGCAUAUCUAUAUUGCAGUGUGCCAUGGGGUUUUAUGGUGGUGACGGAGUCCGUGAUUACUUGAGAUUUUGCCUAAUGUCAUGGCGGAUGGUGGGCAGUGGAGAGAGGAGUCUGGCUGCCAUUGGGUGAGCUUCUCAGAUUCUAGAGAGGCAGGGUUAGCAGAUGGGCCUAGGGAAGGAGGUUCAGAGUAGUGAGUGGUCCACAGAGAGGCGCGAGGCACAAGGAUCUGAAUGCACAAGCAGAGUUAACAAGACAGAUCUGAAAUAGCAAGCCAAGCAUUUGGCUGCACCCAAAGCACACACCUCUCCUUAAUUUUUGCUUCCUUUGGCUCCUAAGAGCAAAGCCCUCUGCUCACCAGUAAACCUUUCCCACUGAACUCCUUGGAACCAAAUUUCCUGCCCACUCGCCCACCCCAUGCCUCUAAUCUGAUUUCUCGCUGCUUUAAGCCUACGCCUAACCCACUUUCCCCUUCUUCCACAAUUCACAGGCUCCUGAUCCAAGAUCACAAGUAUUAUCUGUGCAGGUGCCGGUGAAGGGCUGGGUUCAGAUCUUCUCAUUCAGGUCAGAGCCAGGUGACUUAGGUGUGUUAGGCUGAGCUGAAGCCGUGAUGAGGAGCAUGUGGGCAGCACAGGUCAAGGCCAACAGGGUGACAGGGCUGGCCUUCUGUGCUAUGCCCUCUUCUUUGCCAAUUAAAACACAGAGGCAGUUCUUUGCCAGGAGCAAAGUCUUUGACAUUUUAGAACUGAAAACAGGCUUCUAUAAAACCUACAGCUGCCGUAAAUGACACCAAGGCUGCCUUGUAUUUUAUUUUUAUUUUUUACAAAAAUCAUUUAAAGGCCUGUGUUUUUACACCCCAGCCUCUUCCUUAGUCUACCAUCUGCUGCACUGGUUUUGUGUAGUGGUGAGUUGGCCAGGAGAGAUGGCACGUUUGUUGUGCUAUUAAGUUGGCUCUGUCUUCCCAGAAAGUGGGGCUGUCCUAGCAGUAGUCAGAAGAUUUCAAGAUGUUGAUCAUAGAUAUUUUCUCCUCUUUUUGAAGUGACUACAAACCAGAUCAUUUGGGAUCAAGUGGGGCUUAGAACCAUUGCUCAUUGGUAGAGGGCAUGCAAUGAUUUCAGCUUCAGUGCCCAGCAUUUGCAGCAGGUUAUGGUAACAACCACUCUCCCCUGGGGAACCUGGAGAAUUGUCAGUUGCAUUCAGUCAGUCACUAUUGGCUAAAUGAACAAAUAUUCUGAUAUAAUAAGGCUGCAUCUUCCUGUACCCCGAAUCUGGUUCCUAAAGCAAUUUGGGGGAGCCUCAGGUGCUGCUGCCAUAUCUUAUUCAAUGCUUGCUCCCAAUUUAAAAAAUAGCAAGAAGGGUCCAUACUAGCAUUGUGUUUCCCUGAGGACUUUGCAUGGCAUGCCUGGAGAUGGGUAAGAAAUUUGAUUCACUUCAUAUUUGAAUGUGAAUGAAGCUACAUAAUUUGCACUAUCCAGAUACAUAAAUUGAAACACAAUCAUCUUUUGGAAUGUACGCAUUUCUGAAUUUUGCAAUGCUGUUCUACAGCCAAGUAAUGGCCAGGGUAAAGUGAAAAUAAUGAUGUAUACAAAAAAAUUACGAUAUUUGGGGAAAUUGCUUUGCCAAAACGUGCGUUUUAUGGGAAACUGCAUACAAGUAUAUGUACAUAUUGAGAGAAAUUUGCACUAAAAUGCUGGUGAACUUUCAUGAGGAAGUGCAUUUCUCAAACUGAUGUGGAGAACUGGACUUAAGACUGGAUAAACAAGAAAUUCAGAGUUACCAAAAUUCGGAGGAACCUAGUCAUGCCUCAGCAGAUUUAUUUGCAUAACUGAAUGGAUUUCUAACCAGACUUUCAGGGGGCAUUGCCCUCACAAGAUAGUUUGCAGAAUAAAUUUAAAGUGCAUAAAGUGAGCAUAAUAGCCAAUGGUCAACAAAUACAAUACAAUUGGCAUUGCAAUAUCAUGAAUUUAAAAUCAACAACAAACUUUUCCCAAGCACAGCGUAAACAAAGGCAGACUGGAAUCAAAAUGCCCAAGAGCUGCUUUCACGCAUAGCAUUACUUCAUGCGUUGCACGGUACCAGUUAGUUCCAUUUGGACCACCACCAGUGUGGCUAAGCAAGGGCCGAUUUGGUUCAGCAACAUGGAGCCCAGAUCAAAGGUAGUAGAGAAGAAGACAUCAAAGCAUCCCCACAGUUGGACCUGGUGUGGACCAUCCAAGCCUAUGAGACAUCUGGAGCCUGAAUGCUGAAGACACCCAGCACUAAAAGGUAAAGGGACCCCUGACCAUUAGGUCCAGUCGUGACUGACUCUGGGGUUGCGGCGCUCAUCUCGCUUUAUUGGCCGAGGGAACCGGCGUACAGUUUCCGGGUCAUGUGGCCAGCAUGACUAAGCCGCUUCUGGCGAACCAGAGCAGCGCACAGAAAUGCUGUUUACCUUCCCGCCGGAGUGGUACCUGUUUAUCUACUUUGACAUGCUUUCAAACUGCUAGGUUGGCAGGAGCAGGGACCGAGCAAUGGGAGCUCACCCCGUUGCGGGGAUUUGAACCGCCAACCUUCUAAUCAGCAAGUCCUAGGCUCUGUGGUUUAACCCACAGCACCACCCACAUCCACCCAGCACUACCAGUCUUCAAAACCACACCUAAGACCACCCAGGUUAGAUAAGCUAGGGAGAUUGUUGGGGAGCAUGUUAUACCCACAAAAUACUCAUUCUGUUCUCGCUACCUUAUCCUAAAUUACAAGCCUCAAAACCUGCUAUAUCUGGCAACCUGGUCAGGAAAAUGAAACUUUAGACAGUUCUCUCAUCCAGGAUUAACCCCUCGGUGGCUGUCAAUUUUCCAUUUAAUGAUCUGGCACUCCAAAGCACCAUCUUCAGACCGGGGGUGAGGGGUGGGCUAGCAAUUUUGAAGAAGUUAUUGUCUGAAAUACUGUAUGCUAUGUUCAGUAGUAAUAAGAUACCUUGAGUCAAAAAGGGUUAAAGAACGCUGGGGUUGUAUCCAAGGCUCGCCUUGCUCAACGUAGACCGACUGAAGUUAAUAGACAUGACUAACUUAGGUUCAUUCAUUUCAGUGGGUUUACUCUGAGUAGGCCUUAGUUGGCCACAACCCUCUGCAAAUAUGCUUGAUAUAAAUAUGUAUACUGUAUUCUGUUGGUGGAAGAAGUGUUGAAUGGAGUUUGUAGAAUGGCUAGCCAGUAUGACAUUUUACUGUGAUAAAAUGAAGAGGUAGAAAUUAACUUUUAAAAUAUCAAGGUGCCUAUAUAUGCAUAUAAAGUUUAUAUGCAUAUUUGUAAACAAUUGAUUGAUUACUAGAUUGCUUCUUUCUAUUGCUUUGGCUUCUUAUACCCCUGGUCUUAAGGACGCUGAACCAGUCUGUAGGUAAAUCCCAUGGUUCUUUGGACUGUACCAUUUCACAUAAGGGGGGGGGGUGUUUGUGUGAAGGCUGCUUUUACUAUGGGAAAGGACUCAAAUGGGGAUAGUCACGCCAGCUGUGGUUUUGAAAUGGAACUACCCCCAAAGCUCUGUACUAUGUGUUUCAUCUGUACCUAUAGAUUAUUCUAAUUACCUGGAUGCAACUUUCCAUCGAUUCCAGUGGUGCUUUCACAAAAGUGUGCUUGGGAUCAUAACCUGAGGGCUGCUUCAUGUAAAUUGCUGGACUGGGGCAAAAGACUAAUUUCUGGGAUCUGUUAGUAACCCACUCUAAUGAUGACAACCUUACCACUUUGUGAAAAUCGUGCAGACACACCCCUCUUUUAAGGGAUGAAAAUAUAUCUUGUGGAGAAACUGGUGCACAAUGACAAGUUCAGUUUGCAAUAAUCAUUAUUUACUCAUUUAUAUGCUGCUUACAAGCCAACAUGGCUUCUAAGUGGAGUAUGUAGCCAUCUGCAGUCUUGUAACUUGUUACAGUGCAACCAGAGUAGCUGGAUGGAUGUGUGCCAAUGACUUGAGAUCACUGUUGGCAUUUAUAUAUGUAGCUCUUCCUGAGGUGUUCAAUGCGCUUCAUGUAACAUCAUCAGAGUAAUACUUGCAACAACCUUGGGAGGGAGGUUAGUAUUGCUUUCCACCUAUUGUAGAAGGAGGAGAGGUAAAGGUGAAGGGACCCCUGACCAUUUGGUCCAGUCAUGACCGACUCUGGGGUUGCGGCACUCAUCUUGCUUUACUGGCCGAGGGAGCCGGCAUACAGCUUCCGGGUCAUGUGGCCAGCAUGACUAAGCUGCUUCUGGUGAACCAGAGCAGCGCACGGAAACACUGUUUACCUUCCCAUGGGAGCGGUACCUAUUUAUCUACUUGCACUUUGACGUGCUUUCAAACUGCUAGUUUGGCAGGAGCAGGGACCGAGCAACGGGAGCUCACCCCUUUGCGGGGAUUCGAACCGCCGACCUUCUGAUCGGCAAGUCCUAGGCUCUGUGGUUUAACCCAGCUGCAUUUAAAUCCAAGGGUGCUUCUGCAACCAUAGCUCAUGCUUUGUGACAAAGCUUUGACACCGGCACUGUACAGUACACAGCAUAGAUGUGGCCACCUGGCCUUUGUAGCAUUUGGAAGCAUUGAUAGCAAGUUCAUAUCAGGUGCCAUAAUUGAAUGGAUUUGUCCCAGUGUGGCAGGACUGGAUACCUUAACUGGGCAUUUGCACUGCAUACAGACAGGGCCAGCUCCAUCAUUGGGGAGCUGUCCCAUGGGCCCUGAAGGCUUUGCCUUGGAGACUCUCAGCCGCCAUCUUGGAUUUCUGACAAUACCACAAAAGUUGAGUCAUUUAACGGCAUUGUGGGGAGAACUGGCUGCCAUCACAAAUAGCGAAACUCCCAGGGACAAAUUAUCCUAGCAGGUCUCAAAAAGCUCUUUGCUUGAGACUUUGGAAGGCUGCUGGUCUGAGUGAGCAUCAUAUGCUUCAACUUUUCAACUUUUGGUUUGACUCUUGUAGUGGCAACAAGUAGUGGGUUGGCACUUUUUGGAUUCCUGUAGUGAUUCUGGGCUAUUGAAGCUGUUAUCACCUUAAAUGGAUCUGGAAUGUGAGGCCAUGAUUCUAAGCACAAUUCCUUAGAAGUAUAUUUCAUUUUAAUGUCAUGGCCAUGAUCCAAUACAGUUCUGGGCACAUUUUAGCCCCCUGAGUUUGACUUAUUAUGGCUGAUAGCACACAAGACUGCCCCCAUGUCACUUAGGAAACGUGGUGUGAGUUAUUAAAAUGUUUUGAGUUAAAAUGUAUCUGGGCAAUUAAGGGAAUUAACUUGUGUUUUCUGUUUUCUAAUACCGGCUAGCAAUAAUUUUAUUUCAGCCAUAUGCCAACCAAGAAGAAAUAUUGUCCCCCUUAAAAGGUACAAACAGAUAUCCUAAGUCUUGCACAAUUGUCUUCAAUUUGAUGCAUGUGUGUGUGUGUGGCAGAGAGAGGGGGAGGUCAGUUGACAAUACUAGAAAAAAGCAUUUUGAAUUUAUUAUGCUACAGAUUGUGAUACAUUCUGAAAUUGAACGUUGAUGUACAGAGCACUUUUAAGAACUGAAAUAUAUUCUUCCCUUCUAGUUCACAAAUACGAGAGUAUUUUAGUGCGAUAUUGCUAUACCAAAUGUUCUAAAAGUAAGAUGAGCCUUUAGUACUUUGCAAUAUGUUCUCAUGGUUCCAAGUAAGGUUUAGUGAAAGAUGAAUUAACUGAUUAUAAGAGUGUGGGGAAACAGUGCAGUGAUUAAACUGUAUAUUUUUAUCCAGAUAUAAAAUAUGAUUAAUCAACCUGAAGACAUUAUUGUAGGUUGAUUGGUGUGAAAUUAUUUUUACCUUGUUACUUGUCUGCUGUGAACAAGUCCCCUUUCUCCAUGUCACUGAAUAUUCAGCAAACAUUGAUAUGUGGAAUCUCUUCUGGUAGCAGUAAAUGAUGGUUUUUUUAUAUAUAUAUUUGGAAAAGCAAAACAUUUUUCUUUUAUGAAUUUUCUGUAAUUUUUAUCUGAUUUUAUUGUAUUAUAGAGUCAUUUAUGUCAUAUAUUUAAGUUUUAAAAAAACAACACAAACUUCUGUCCUGACUUGAUAAACUUCCGGUUUUCUGAAUUACACUUUCUUGUUGCUUUGUGUUCUACUUGGGAGAGUUCCCUCUGCCCUUCAAAUAAAAGUCAACCUGGAUAUGAA